AGUAGACGACAUCUGACACCGGCGUAGGAGGCGUUAUCUGGGGUUUCUCCGUUUUUGAAGUGAAGCUGUUGACAACAAUCGGUCAACUUUGAGCUUAAAACAACUCGGUGCUCUUGGGAAGUUUUACCGGCUGUUUAACCGUAACGACAGGCUCUCCGUGACUCCCCUCCUCCUUUCCCCCGGUGCGGCUUGCUGCUGCGCGGUGACCGUUUCCAAUUUCCUCUUUGACAAACGGGAAGUUUUUUUCUCUGGCUGGAGUCAUAUGAUGUGACUGUAAAGAGGGACAACCACGCCUGCUAGAGAGACUUAUUCUGGACGGAAACAACCCCAAUAACGUGUCCAGCUUCACAAAGAGGAACACGCUGCUCUGCUAGGGGAAAGUUAGCCGAAGACGCUGAUUCUAACGUGGGAAGUGAAACUACGAGCACUGACAGCUUCUCGAGCUCUGUCAGUCGCUUAGCUAAUGUUAUAUGAUGUAAUAUAGCUAAUAUUGAGUCAAGUGAUGUAAUAAUAUUAGUGGCUACAGUGGCACUUAUCUUCUUAUGCUACUGUAGCAAUGCUGCGACAGUGUGGUCGCCACUUGAAGCCUCUAACUGUUAUUGUUGGGCUGAACUGAUCGACCUAAAUGCACCUCAACCCGUCAACUGGAGAGCAGCAUUUCAAGGACCAUGGUUAACCAAGAGGAAUUGGAAGAAAGAUUAAAGAAGCUGUUGGUGAGGUUGAAAAUCCCACAAGAAGACCGACAACUGGAGACACUGAUUCAGAUCAUCAAGGAUCUGCUUUUUCUGGCGCACACUGACAAUGGUAGGAAACAUAACCUUCCUGCAAAGGCUCAUCAUGCUGCCUUCUUAUAAACAGGCAUAUUUCCUCUGGGACAUGUUAACAUAAGAGCAGAGGUGAUUCAUGUCCGCAGAUCAUUUACUGGAAACUUAAGGUGCCUAUCUUUAGUUUAGGUGUGAACUUAUGAAACUUGCUCUGCAUCUUUUAUAUGCAGUUGUAGUUUCAUUGUGACUGGGCUGCAUAUACUGUAUAUUGUAUUUUCUAAUCUAGGAUGUAAGUUUGGUUAGUAGUGGUUCAAUGCUACAGAGCAAAUGCAGGUUUUGAAUACUUGUAAGAAAGCAUAAGAGCUCAUUGCAACAUUAGUUUGCUGUUUGUGCACAAGUAAAUGUUUUAUUAUAACUUGUUUUGAAGUCAUGAUAAAACAGUAAGCAGUUGCUAGACUCUCCUUUUAAGUCCAUCUUUAAUGUCCCUAGAAAAUGUCCAAUAAACUGCGUAUAGCUCAUCUUUCUCACUGACCAUGUAAUACCUCCAUACUGCACACACCUUCUUUAAUGUUUAACCAAUAUAGAUGAUUUUAAAUUCCUAUGAUGGAUAAAGAUAAGAUGCUACCAGAUACAGAUGAAUAUUGGUUACCGAGUGCACUACUCUUUAUUUAUUGGUGUGUUGAUGUGUGCUUGUUGUUGAUGCACGGAUCCAGUUUUUCAUCUCCGAUACCGAUACAGAUAUCUACAGUUUAGUAUCGGCCGAUACCGAUCCAAUUCCGAUACAGAAAAGUCCCACUGAAUUACCUUUUGUUUUAAUUUACCACUGCCCCUCAGAACGUUUACUGCGCAGGUGUUGCAAGUGGCAGUCAAGCUUGUAGGCAGAGGUAUUGUGAUAAAGUUCAAGAUAGCAGACCCCUUUGCUCGCUCCAUUUUGAAAACAAUGUGAGCAUCUGCUCAGCGUGUUUACUUGUGGAUGCCACUGGCAUAGAGUUAGACUGAAUAGAUCCGCCCCUAUGCAUCAGGCCCAUUGCCACAAUACCCGAUCUAGAACUAUCAAAUAUCAGAUCUGCAUCCCUAAUACACAUCACUAAAGAUAUGGUGAUGCCUUUACCAUACAAACUCGAUAACAGCUUAUGCACACCAACAGCAGUAUAAGGCUGUGUACUUUCUUUUAAAGCUAACUGGUUUCAUCCUGUCUUCUUAUAUGUUUUUCUUUUUAUACAGCAGCUGAACUGUUCAAGGACAAAGACGUCCAUGUGCCCCUCAUGGUGGUGUUGUCAUCCUACAUGAGCACCCUAAGAGUCCAGCAGGUACUGUAAGACAUCACAAAUAAUGUAGAAGAAAUGCUAACUUGAUGCAUCAAUCUGUGUUGUUGCUGAUGUUUGUACUGUCAAAGUCACCCACAUCUGCCAUGCCUAUGUCUGAUCUGGCAUGUGUAUGGCGUCCCAUGUCUGCUGUGUAUUUCAGCUUAUCAGGAGUGAGAGUGCAGCCUGACACAAAGUGAAAGUCAGAUUGUAAGAGUCAUGUUCAGCUAAGUCAUAACCACAGACUCAUUUAAGGAUCAGACAGGAUCUGAGAGUCAGUUUACAGGUAGUUUUGUGGUGUAUGAAUCACUCAGACACUCAAUUAUAGUGAUUUCAUGUUCAAAUUAUAUCUCAUUAGGACAGCAUCCAGAUCACAUACACACCCUGUACCACCUUGUUAUCUCUGAUAUAAUUAACCAUGGUUUAUUUAGUAAAGCAAGUAUCGAGAUAGAUAUCUCUGCAGUUGAAAGCUGCUGCCUUUAGUGACAGCUGAUGUCUUGAGCAUAUUCUUAUUUAUCAGUUUAUUUACUUACAAUGGUGAUGGUUUAUUUGCUGCUGAUAUAACAGGAUAGGCCUCAGUGUUGGUCAUGGAUGAAUCAGAAUCUGGGUUUAUUGCCAAGUCGAUUUUCACAUCAGAGGAAUUCCUUGUGCUGUUUUGCUGCAUAAGCGAAGCAAAGUAAUCAAACAGCAAUACUUGUACUAAGAAGAAACUUCACAAAAACAUACUAAACAACAAAAUAUAUUGCCAAUGCUGUACAUAAUUGCAAUGAAUGUAGAAUGCAGAGGAAUUUAAAAGAUAAGAGGGUGCAAAAAGAGAACAAGAGUGUGCAAGAAGAGACAAACAAAAUCUCUCUGUGUGAUAUCAGGCUCAGAAGAACAAUGAAAUCGAUCAGCAUCACUAUUGAAUCUGAUCAGAUAUUGUGCUACUUAACCUUGGGACUAUCUCUGAUGAAUAAUUACAAGCCAAAGCAGUGUUUUACACACGCAGUUCAGCUGUUCAACAAGUUCAAGCUUAGCAUCUAAGUGUUUGAUCUGCACUCAAUCUGUGCAAUAUCUAAUCCUCAUCAAUUGCAGUUAUUUUGAUUAUUAGUGCAGCUUGUUAACCUGACAUUCCCAGACCUAUCAGCCAUCAGAUCAUUUUUACAGUCAGGUGGGUCUAGAGUCACUGUUAUUCUAAACGGUUUCAGUAACCAUGUCAACCCCCUUAUUUAAAUAGGAAGCAGACUGUAUGGUUAGACUCUGGUGGAAACUUACCAGUUCUCAUAUCUGGCUGGAAUUUUGGUGGACGUGUUUUUACAAGUUUCUUUUAUAACACCAAAACAGAAAGUAUAUUUAACAGGAAGGACUUUGAAAUUCUGGCAGUUGUGGGGAUGUGAAGAAGGAAAUCACUGGCAUGAUUUCUGGGAAUACACCUGCAGUUUACAGCACUUUUUUAAAGAGAUGUAGAUUUUCAGGCAUCAACAUUUUGAUUUAUACUCAUAACAAAGCCAUUAAGAGAUGUUGGCUGCUCCCCUAGGAUCACAGCCAACACAUGAGAGGAUUGAUAUAGUAAAUCAUAUUUACACUGUGAAAACCUUUUGUCUACAUCUUCAGAUGGAUGUGUGCAAAAAAAAACUUCAGUCUUAGUUAAAUAUGUAAAACCUCCACAGACAGAGUUUUUUGGAAGUUACCAGUCAAGGGCUCUACAAUGCUGUCCUGUCUUAGCCAAUCUCGUUCACUUUUUGGUCUCAGUUUCUGCCUUAUAAAGUGACAAUGCUGGAGCGCUGCUUGAGUGUAUUUGUAAACAACCAAGAUGGCAGCCUCAUUUGCUUGAAGGUUCGUUGAAUCAGCUCUUUUAAACAAACUGGAUGUUAUAUUCUGGUGUAACUACCACACACACAGCCUUCAAGGUGUGUUUCUUUCCUCUGUAUGCUGUUUCCUCUUUUCUUGCAUCUAUCUUACUGUCCCUCUGCUUAUUUAUCCUUUGUUUGAGAAACUCUGAAGCUGGUCUUACGGGGAAAUUCUGAGAAAUGUUUUGAUUCUCAGAAUUUUCAGAGUUACGUCAAUGGGAAUGUUCUGUGUUAAUGUAAACAGGAUGCAAGCCUAAUGUGAUAAUGCUUCAUUAAUAGCUAGAUUAAACAAGAGGGUCUUAUGUUAUGAGGUCUUGGUCUUGGUGAACCUUGGUGCCUUAAAACAGAAAUACAGAUAAUCUAAUAUUUACCACAGCAUCUGUCCUGAUUGAAAUAACUGUCUCCUAAUCCUGUUUGUUUUUUCCUCUCAUCUGUCCAGGAUUUUGUAUUCUUAAAUUUUUACUGUUUGAUCAGCCAGUAAAUUCACACGUUACCAUGUUCCUCAUACAGGUAGGCUGGUCACUGCUGUGUCGGUUGAUUGAAAUAUGCCCGGGUACUCUGGAGGGGCUGACCAGACCUCUGCAGGCAGCCAAAGAGUGGGAGGUACUGGGAGUGCACCAGUAAGUGAAGACACUCUUAUAAGAUGCUGUACUGUGUAUCACUAUCAGUGCAGGUGUAGAUUUUCUUGUAUAUGUAAGCAGUCUUUGCAGAAGUGGAAAUUCCCAGUGACAGCAGUCUUAGUUUCUUUUUACAUCUGGUUUUUCUGAAGUGACUUGCCCUUUGUCUGCUCUCAGAGGUUUCAGAUCUGAAGUUCCACCGAUGUUAUUUUCAGUUCCUGGUCGUUGUACUGAAGCAGCCCUGCUCUGCUUUUGUACCACAUAAUGUCAUUUUUUACUUCUUAUCAGCCUUGUAGCUUUUUCAGUUCCACUCUACUGACAUCCAACAACUUCUUCAAAUCAAGUUAUUUUCCACUUCACUGUUUUUCUUCAGCCUUUUUUUCUCUCUUCUUCUUGCAUUAUACAAUUGUUCUCAAUUGUUCUCUGCAUCAUGUUUGGAAGUUUGAUUUUAAAAGUGCUGAAAGCACAACUUUGAAAGUCUGACUUGUGCCUGGAAUCCUGUUAUUUCCUCUUCUACUCUGGUUCAUGUCUUCCUGUGACGGUGUGUUCUCCAGGCAGCUCCUGCAGGCGCUCUUUCAGUACAGCGCCGACCGUAAAGUGGCCAUGGUUGGACUCAGAGCGCUGGCUCUCCUGCUCAGAGCAGGUAUAUGACUUCACUACACUCCAUCACACUCCUGCUACAUGUGAUUCCAGCAUGAGUGGAAAUAGUCUCCUUUUGUAAUUAUGUAGUGACGAAUGAAUCUAUGGUGGAAGUUUUUGUCUGUAUCUAAAAGCUGCUUCAAGGCCCUACAGUUUCCGGCUUUGAUUGAUGGUCCUGGUAGUGUGUAUUAUUUACCUAGUGUGCUCUGACCAAAAUGGAGUUCUCCUUUAAGACUUUUGGUUUUCUGUCUUUAAAGCUACCAUGAGGAACUUUCAAUCUGUGGUCAUUUUUGCGCCUCCUGUGGACAAGAGAGUCUCCUGCAUGCUUGAAUAGCAUCUUAAGACAAACCAAAAUCUCAUCCUCCUGACUUUUACUCGUCAAAUGUUUCAUUUAUUGUGAACAUUUAAGCUGAAAAACAUAAAAACAGGAUUCUUUAGCUCCUCUGCUGACACCUUCCUCCUUGCACUGGUUUUCAGUUAUGAAAAAUAUAAAUGUAUAAAAGUAACAGUCACUGUCUUGUCACUGAUGGUCUUGUUUGCUAGUAUAAAAAAGGGCAUCAAUAUGAAAUUUACUGGAUUUAAUAAAUGUCAUAAACUCCACACAAGAGCUUUAAGUGACACAUUUGUGAAAAAAAAAGAGAAAAUUCUGCGUCUUGGAUGUCCUAGGUAAAUGUCACUGUUGAUCUAAAAGAGUGAAUGCAUCACAUUGUCAGGCACCAGCACAGAAAGUUCCCAUUUCCUUCAAAAAAAGUUUUACUUAUACUUUUAUACUUUACUUAUCCCGAACUGUCUUUGAACUUUUUUAUUUAAAUCUAUUUUUCAUGUGUCACACUUUGUUUUUACUUCUUGAAUCAUCAGAUUUGAUCUGUUUUUAGGUGUCAGUUGAAAUUUGCUGUUUGCUUGGUGUUACAGACUUGAUUCCUCUGCUGGUGCUGGAGGAGGAUGAGGAUGUGUUUGGCCUGGUCGUGCAGGCCAUGAAGAAAUUUCCUACCAGUGAAGAGGUUCAGCUGCAAGGCUGUGCAGCUCUGCAGCUGCUUCUGGAGAGAGGUGAGCUCAGCACUAGCAUGUAGAGAAACAUAUAUUUCUGAUAUUUAUGUUGAUAAUCUUAGCCUGAUGCCAAGUCUGUCAUCUACCACAGAAAACAAAUCAUGGAUUAAUGAAGUAUAUCUGUAUCUGAUAUUGACAUCAGCGUACUAACCCGUAUACUUGCUUACAUGAGAAAGUUGUUGUGCUCACUGCAUGCUCAGAGCUGCGUGUCAUUUUUUUAGUUUUAUAACAACCACAUAACAGUCCAGUCAACAGAAGACAAACAAGGCCGUCAUGAGCGAGGUCCUCUUAAAUCACAUGUUCUCUUCAGCAGCUGUGUCUGUGUUUUUAGUGAGUGACGAGCAUCUCAUGGAGUUUGUGGAGAACCAGGAUCAUGUUGUGGUCCUGGCGGCCCUUCAGACUUUCCUGGACAGCCCAGAGCUGCUCCACCAGGCCAUGAAGGUGCUGCUCCCACUGGCUCGUCCUGGUAAGUCCUCAUUACAUGGAGUUAUCUUUGUGCGGGGAGGUGUUAGGAAUGUGUCUUUCCCUCUGCUAAUGUAAUACGUAAUGCAUUAAACCACAUGACUUUAUCGAUCAUCAUCAACUCAACACUUAUCAACCUUUUUCUUGCUUUAUUUCACGCUGUCUAUUUGCAGCCUCAGGCUGGCCCAUGACGUCACAGUCAUGUUUUAAAUCCGAUUAUACCUCCAGCUCGAGUAAACAUGUGUGGUGUUAUGCUGCUGUGUCAGAACAAAUGUUUGUUGUUAACAGUGGAGACUUGUAAAUGGUUAAAUAUUUGUGGAAACUCCCUGUGAGUGAUGACUGUAAGUGUUUACCAUUAAAAAAUGCAUAGCUAUAUCUAAAAGGAUUUGUUUGGACUUCAUGUGGACCGGCAAAUCCACGGAAGAGAAUUUCUGGUAGCCUGACUUCAUCAAUUUGCAAUUCAAAUGAACAGGAGGAUGGUGAGAAAGAAAGAAAAACAUGUCAUUGUCAUUUAAGAUCAGUUUGAAGCUGCACAGCUGGGACUAAGUGUUGUUUUUCUGCACAAAUGCACUUAACAAGAUUUUGUUGUGCUGCAUUUAUUGAGAGGACAGGACAGAGCAGGAAACUGGGAGGGUGGGUGGAGUUAAUUUCAGAGAUGCCUGAAAUGCUGAAUCAUGCAAGGGCAGCUCUCCGUCCGUACUGAAAGGUUGUCACACAACAGUCAUCUUGACCCAUAUUUUCACUUUGACACAAACCAAAAGCAGCUGAUGACACGCUGCACUCUUUUGAUUGUUGUGCUGAGAUUUUAGUCGCUGGGUUAGUUGAAGCUUGAAAAGGUCAAACUUUUUCUUCUGUGAGAUUAUCAUGGUCCUGGGCAGAUUACAGCAAACUCUCUUUUGUUGUUAAAACCCCUCUGUAACUUCUUGUCUGUCUUUUCUUUGUUUACAAUUUCUCUGUUUAAGUCUUGAAGGACGCAAAAGCUACUAUAUUGUCAAUUUAAGAUAUGUUGUGCAGUGCAGUAUUACCCUGAAGCAACACUGUAUAUAUCCCGGCAGUCAUGUCAGAGUUGAAAAUGAACUUAAAGGUUACUACAUGAGUGCAAAAAGCAGGUUUAGUCUGAAAGCUCAGCUGCUGAUCUAGGUGCUUUUGUUCUUCUCUUCCAGGCAGUAACGUGGAGGUGUUGAUGUCCGGAGGUGCUCGGUGCUACAGCCUGAUCAUGGCCGCCAUGGAUGCGUUUCCUAAGGUGGAGGAGCUGCAGGAGACGGCCUGCUGUUUGUUUAGGAAGUUAACAUCAGGUACGAACACAGGGUUAAAUGCUCAACAUUAUCUUAGGAGUGUUUAUUUAAUAAAGAUGUCAGUCUCAUUUUGUUUGUUCCUCUCUUCUUGGAAGCGAUUAAGUUUGAGAAAACACACGAGCAAACACUUUCAAAGACAGAAGAAUCGUGAAAAAGGUUUCUUACAGACUCACAACACUUGGAAAGUUGUGUUGUUGGAAAAUCAGCUGAUUUCUUUGCCCUAUUUUAAAUCUUUGGUCACAUGACGCACAUUUUGAAGGAUAACUAAGGAUCAGCCUUUUGCACUUUUGCUCAGUUUGAUGAGGAUGAUGUUAUUUUUUUCUGUCUGUUUGUUGUAGCAUGUUUAUCCUACAGGACCACCAUCUUUUAUUGUGUUUAAUUUCACUAUUCAUUAUAUGUUUUAUAUGUUUUUGUUACAUCAAUUUAGUGCAAAUGUCCCUUCAAGUUUAGAGGAUGAAAAAGGAACAAAUUACCGAAGAAUCACAGCCACCCAGUCGUAGUUUUCAACCUCGUCAAAGAUUUCUCUGAGUCUUUUGACUGAAGAAACAUGAUUUUACUUCUUAAUAUUAGCCCCUCUGUUCCAACUUUUUAAAAAUGUGUUGCAGGCAUCAAACUGAAAACCAAGAGGUCUCAAAUUCUCCUUCAAUAAGUAACCACUAAGUACCUCAUGUGUUUUCAGUCAGUGACGAUAACACUCAAUAAAUCACUGUAGCAGUAUUCGUACUGUAUUCACCCAGAUGAGCGAAUGCUUUUGCGAGUAGACAGAUUAAGAUUCAAGUGUCCUGUGGAGUCAUCUUGUUAAUCCAGGGUGUGUGUGUUUUGUCCUCUGUCUUUUAGAGAGCUACUUCAACAUCCUGGUCCUGAACGGUGUCCAGAGGGUCGCGGUCAGAGCCUGUCAGACUUUCCCAGACAACCCAAAGCUGCAAGCUGCUGCUCUCUCCUGCCUGGCUGACCUCAGUGAGGAUACACACUCUCUCUAUCGUACUAUAUUUAAGUCCUUUAUUUAUAUAACCACAGACGGAUUAGAGGAGGAGACAGCAGAACAAUGGCCUCACCUCAUAAUGGCAGAGUGCUAUAGAAGAUAAAUUAUCUGAGGGUAUAAAAACAGCCCAGUCUCUACUUGUUGGGACUGUGCUGAUUGAUUCCCUAAAGUUCUCUGUCAUGCAGCGCCAACUUGUGUUUUCCAGGUUUCUAAAUUUAAACAUCAGUACCCUCUGGCUAUUUCAAGUCCAGCUUGGUUGUGCAAGUGCCUGAAAGAACAGAAACAGAUUCAGUCAACCUUAAAAAAAAGGGCUCAGAAGACAUUAGAGAGUAGAGUUUCUUUUUCUGAUCGAAGACAAAGCUUUUCAUUUUGGGUGAGACCACAUUGAAAAAGUAUCGCUGCUUAGUCAUUUGCAUAGUGAGACUCUAAGUGUAUCAUGAGUCUGCAAAAGCCUACAUCUUUAAAAAAACACUGGUCACAGAGAGCUGUGGAUUCAGUGGUUUUCUUGAUGGGUGUCUUUAAAUCCAAGUACUCGCUGUUAAAGCUUUUUCUUUCUUACUUUCCAGGAACAGCUUAGUGCUUUCCAGGAUGACUGCUUUUUUUACAGCAAUGGUUCCCAAUCUACUCCCUCCUCUUGUAUUAUAGAAACUCAAGGCCCUGAAAGAAAAAAAUUAUGCAAUACCUAAACUUAAAUGUUUUUAGUGUGGAGAAAAAAGGAUUUUUAAAACAGUUUUAUCCAAACUCUCCAGUAAGUGUGUUCAAGAUUUCAGUUAAAAUGAGAAAACUUGAUUUUGACAACCUCAAGGCAGACAAAACCUUGCAGCCCCUGAGAUCUCUGGCGGCCGAAUUCGAAACACUUUCAUACAGCCGACGUACUGAAGCUCACUGCUGAUGUGUCACAGCCGUCAUUGUGUGCACAUAAUUUAUUCACCACUUUAACAGCUGUAAAUACUGACAGAGGUUUUCAAAUCGUUUCACUCUCUGUCAGUCCUGUGGUAUAUGUAUGAAGGGCUAAUUUAGGACGUUCCUGAAUUUGACUAAAGACUGUCAGGAGCUCAUGUGAGAAAACCUCAGUCUUUUCAGAUUUCGAUUUCCCCUCGUGUUUUGCUUUGACGACAGAACAGUAUCUUGACCUGUCUUUUAAACAGAAAACAGUUUGUCUGCAGCUCAUGACGUCUAUCCCAAAACACAAGCCUGAGGCCCAUUUAAACCAAACACAACUCCAGUUUCUGCUUCAAAGCAAAAGUAUAGUCAGUUUUUGGAACCAUGACGUUAUCUGCUGUUUGGAAAAUCAAGCUGAAAACGAGGUCAGUUACAGAGAUGAGUGGGUCUACAGUCAGCAUAAAAAGAGCUUCUGUCUGUCCGUGUGUUGAAAUGGUUUGGUUACAUGUUUUUAAAAUCUGAGUCCUCGUUAUUUAAAGGUCAUGUAUAUGAAUUCAGAUCGUGUCAUAAUCUCCUCUUUUUAGCUGCUACCAUCGUGCAGAACAAGGCGGUGGCCGCACAGGGUCCAGAAGAAGGCGAGGAGGAGGAGAACCGGGGUCGGGAGAAGGUGGAGGACAUGGGUCUGGGCUGGAUGGAGGCUUGCUGUAUGGCGCUGGAGCUUCACGCCGAGGAACCGGAUGUUCAGGUCAGUCCUCCGGCCUUUUUGAGCUUCUCAAAUAUUGAACAUUGAAUUAAUUCAAUAACCAGUCUUUGUGAACAUCCUGCACUGACACAGGAAGCUGCAAGUUGGGCCAUUCACAACCUGUUACUGCAUGGAGCUGGACUGAACCAGACAGAAGAGGAGCAGGAUGAGAGGUAGCAGCUCAGUACCACACGUAUACAUCCUGUUAUAAACCCUGAAAACAAAAGGCUGAAAUGUAAAGAUUCAGAUUUGAGCAGUCAGUCUUAUAAGGCAUCUACAUUUUUGCAUUCAAUUUCAAGAGGAAUUCGAAAUUGCUGCAUCAAAAUCCACUUUGGAUAUUGCUGGUUUGCUUUUAGGACUCCGGUUCACAGACAGUUGAUGGCGGCCAUGCUGGUCCACUCCUCCUCUCCCAGCGUGUUUGAAGCUGCUACCAGUGCUAUUGCCACACUCAUCACACACAAUGGUGAGUCCUGAAGUGAACACCAACUUGCUACAAGCAUCAUUGUGCGACAUAUUGAUAUAAAAACAAUGUAAAAAGGGUACGACAAAGAGUUUAACUGUGAAUUUGCAGAUCUACAGAUAAACUACAGAUAAACGAAAACCCAACUGGACGAGUUCAAAUACUUACUUAACGUUUGUGUCUGUGAACGUCUUCUUUGCUCCGCUUUUAGGGAAAAUGCGCUCCUUGCUGCUUUCCAGCGGCUUGCACGUCAACUUAGUCGAGAUGAUGAAGAGACAUUCGACUUCAGAGGAAGUUUCCAUCAGCGCCUGCAAACUGCUGAACCUGCUCUUCCAGGGAAGGUGAGGAAAAUAUCAACUUGUUUCAGACACUUGGCUAAGAAAAAACAGGCACAAUGAGCAUUAAGAAGAGGAAAAUUAAUUGUUAAAUGAUGUUUUCAGUGAUUUCCUUAUAUAAUCGUACGUUUAUUAACCUGUCUCUUUCUCUCCGUCUGCAGGACAGCCAGUCUGGAUGAGCUGAACAUGGCCAUGAGUCAAAUCCUCAGCACCAUGAAAGUCCACAACUUCCACCCUGAGGUUCAGCUGGAGGCUCUGCAGGCCAGUCUGGUCUUCCUCUGUCCAGGUAUACUGAUGUCCUGCUUCAGACCAUUGCUCUGUGCUGUCAGUUUAUUGUAGCUCCUUAAAUCGUUGUGUAUAUUCUGCUUCUCGUAAGAAAGUAUCCUGUUUUUUUUCUGUAAGUGAUGCAUCAAAGUUUGUUUUAUGUUAUAUAUUAUGGCUCCUUUAUAUAUUGUACUCCUCCUCUUAGCUCCACACUCCACAGUGUUCCUCUAAUUCAGUUAGUUACUGAGCAGCUGUGUCUGAUUGUACAUGUUAGCCUGCUUCUUUGUCCUCACUUGCUUCUUUGGUUUGUAUGAAUUCCUAGACAGGAGUUUGAGGGAGCACGGCGUCUCCGUCUCAGAUCCCGACAUGGCUGAUGUGUCGCUGAAGGUCCUGAAAAACCAGUGUGUGGUGGAAGGAGCUCACACUCUGUACCUGGAGGUUCUCAACAGGGUAAAACACACUUAAGUAUCUCUCAAAUACUCUGUUUGUCUUUCUGAAAAUGACAAAUGAUUCCAAGAAAAUCCACAAGAUGAGCGGUAAAUGCCGCCACUGUAAUUGGAUUUUGAUUUGAACAUAAAGAGACAUGGUGUACAAAUACUCAGUAAUUGUACAUAUUGUUCUCCUCAUGCAUUAUAGAUCAAACUUCAGUUCAUCUAUUCAUCACUUAAGUUUAACAGAACAUUGAACAUUAGAAGGGUGUAAUUACAUUUCUUAAAAGGACUUUCUGGUCAGUGUGUUGGUAUGAAUGAACAGCUAGCAUACAUUUUGUUCUUAUGUGCCUUUGUCUGUGCCUCAGGACAGCAUGUGAACAGAUGAUUCGUCAUGCUCACACACACGGCUCAUUACUGACAGCAUGUCUUUAUGUAGAGAUCUUUAAUUUGUUAUGAGUGAAGGGUGGUGGAACUCAUUCUUAAGUCGAUAGUGAUUUGAAAAUGUAUAAAUUGUUAAAAGUGGAAAGUUGGUCUUUACACAUUCUCUGAAAUAGCAAGUUUUUAUUGUCCUUUUUCGUCAUGUCAUGCUAGGACACCAACAGAGUAGUUUGGCAUGAUUUGCUGCGGAUAGAAAACUCCUUAUGUAUCUAAUACUGGCACUGAUCAAUCACCUCUUCUUGAAACAGUUUGUUUUGGCUGCUUCUCCACUCAUGUAAAGUUGGACGCGGUUUGUGAAUGUUAUUUUUUACACAGCUGUGUUUUUAUGAACACACUGAAAGUUAUACUUGUUAUACUAUACUGAAAGUUAUACUAUAUGUCUUCAGUGAAGGGACGAGUACAAACUAAACACAAUUCUCUGGUGCUUAGGUUUUUGGUAAAGGCUCAUUUAUGCUCAACGUUACUUACGGAUCCGGAUCCGGACGCGUACGCGCUUUACGUUCUUUCGUGCGUGUUUCUGCACGUAUCCUUUAAAUUUACGGAUACGGGCCAGAUGGUGCAGUACCACCGGAAACUGUGGGGGCAGUGUUGCUGUUGUCACUGCCCGAUACGCAUCUCUAGAAAGAAACGAAGAAGACAAUGGCGGGCUUUUUGAGAAUCGUCGUCAACUUUUCUCUUAUCGGUACUACAAGAGAAAAUAAGUCUCUGUCCUCCAACUGAGAGGCAUUUAGUGUCCUGACCAACCUCCGCCGCCGUUUCUUUCUCUUAUGCAAAAUAUACAUUAUCACUAUCUCCUCCACAGUCGCCAUGUUUGUUUUUGUUUGUUGUUGUCAGAAACUUUUGACUUCGGCCGACGCGAACAUUUUCAUACGGCAGCCAUAAAGGAGCCUCCAGAGUAAAACGCUGAAGUGCAAAGUGGAGGAAAAGCUGAAUGUUGAGACGGACUUUCAAGGCAGAGAAAAUGUUGAACAAGCUUUGAGGCGGGUGUUUCCUUGAAAGAGCCGAUUAGUCAUGUCAGCUGGGCAUGGUUUUUGAUAUUAACCUCAUAGAGCGUCAAAGUCUCUCACAAAGUUAUGAAAACGAGUCAUACAGACCGAUAUCUAUACGCCGAGGUUUAGAUCGGAAAUCCCUUUCGAUACAAGUUGAUGUAAAAGGAGGGGGUAGAGGGACUAACGAGUACAGUAUCGAGUUUUGUUUCAGGUUUUGUUUGUGUCUGUGUUCAGUUCAUCAGCAACUCCAUCAUCCAGAGGUGCGGCCUGAAGGUGCUCUCUGCUUUGGCUGACUGCACCGGUGCGGUGGACCUGCUCUGCCAGCAGGGGGCGAUAGACACGGUCCUGCAUACACUACUGAUGUUCCCAGAGCAACGAGGUACAGGAUAUUACUGUCAUUACCAGAAAUUACUACAUGAAAAAAGGGUCUUUGUGAUUACAGAAUUGGGUGUUGUAGAUAUUGAGAGAGCUCUAAAGGGAAAUGGAAAGCCAGAGUUUUCCGAAACAUGCCUGUCCCAUUAUCUGAAUAUGAUCAUUUCCUUUUCAAAAAUGACUCAUCUGGAUUUCCAGAGAUACACUACUGGGGUCUGACCCUGCUCAACUACCUUGUAUCCAAGAAGAAGCUGUCGAGGAUGAUUGUACCUGUUCUGGCGUCUGUUGUCGUGGCUUCACUCAGGCAGUACAGAGAAGACUCUGAGAUGCUCCUGAAGGUGAACUGAUGGAUAUAAUUAGCUUAUCUAAAAAUAAAUAAAAGUGUCUCUAGAAAAUGUUCAAGUUUUGUUUCCACUUCAUGUACUUCAAAUUUGUCUUAAUUCUUGGAGUUAAAACAAGUUGCCACACAGUCCUCUCUCGUCGUGUGCUCUGCAGGGUUUUCAGGUGUCUCUGAGGAUGCUCGACGCCUGUUCGGGAGCAGCUGCUGAACUGCAGAGAGAGGACUUGGACCGACUGAUCUUCCAGCACCUCAGAGAGGAGACUCCAGACCAGAGCACCAACCCAGUGAGUUGGAUUUAAAGAGCUUUCAUUUUUCCUCUCUGAAUCACUCUCAUCACACGUUGCGACCUGAAAACCUGACUUCAGGGGUCAGGCUUUCGAUGAACAGAUAAAGUCCUAAAAGUCUUACUUGGAAGGAUUUCCUGUCUCGAUCUUUAUCACAUCUUUCUUAUGAGCCGGGAGUCAAACACAGGCCAAACUGUACAUGUACAGACACUUGCACUACCACAGACAGUGCAGGACAUACCAGAGAUGGUUGAUUGCAUGAACUUCUGUAUGACUUGCUCUUUAGAAAAAGGAAAAGCCUUAAUAGAGAGACCAGAGACCUCCACUUUGAUGGAGUAAAUAGAUUCACAGAAACUUCACCCUCUUGAACUUUCUGUUUUAUCUCUCUAUCAGCUCCGUAAGUCGGUCUGCCUGGCUCUGUCCAAGAUGUGGUGUGACCCGGAGCUGCACUACAGCAUGCUGGAAAAGGCGUGCGAGGACGGGGACACCACGUUAGCCGAGUGUCUGAUCGAGCUGGGCGCAGACGUCAACAGGAAGACGAAAACAGAGUCUCUAAUCUACCAGGUCAGAGGUCACAAAGAAGAACACAGACAUGCAUUAAGGGGGAUAACCCAGGAAGUCGCUCGUUAAGUGAGGUCAUGAGGAGUUAGUUAAGGAAAGUUAUGCUUUCAUUCAUGUCAGAUAUGAACAGGAAGUUGUGAAUGGUGUGUGUUACCAGAAAGCAAGUUUCUGGCCUCAGAUUUGCCUCUUUGUUUGUAGACUAGAUGGAAGUUAUUUGGAGUAAUCAUGUCUGUUUCAUAAAAAGUACAAGUCCAUAAUUUAAUACCAGUCUUGGCUUCUCUAGGUGUGCGAGAGAGGUGGACCCCUCGAGCUUGUGGAGCUCCUGCUCAGCCGUGGCGCCCAUGAGCAGUACCUCCGCAGGGCUCUAGCUGUCAGUGUAAAGCGGGGCGAUGGACCAACGGUCAUCCAGCUGCUGGGCCGCUUGGGUCUGGACCUCAACAACAGCGCCCUCUGCCUCGGAGGCUUCAGGCUGGGCCGCCUGGACUCCUCUUGGCUUAGCCCCCUGCUGGCAGAAAGGGGCAGAGCGUUUAGUCUCCGUUACAACAACAGUGAGGAUAUAACCGUCACUUCUACCGUACUUUUUCGAACAGUUGAUUGGUUGUUCUAAACUCUCUCUUCUGUCUUUCAGGUAAAGGUAUGAGUUUAGCGAGGUACAUUCUGUCUCUGCAGAAGUCCAAGAGUAGCAGUGGACCUUUCAGAUCUCUGGCCGACCCGUGUCUGACCUCAGGCUACAUCUCUGAGGAGAGCGACGACUCAAACUUCAGCUUCGUCUCCACAGAAGACAGCCUGUUUUUCAACGACGACAUGGAGAGUGACGGUAAAGUUUCACUUUGAUAAUUUACCCACUUUUGGGUACAAAACCUGUAAAACUGUUUCUUAUCAAUCUACGUGUGUGUUUUUUCCUCCUUCUUUUAUUUUAGGGAGUGAUUCACUGUCGGGGGUUCUGUCUCCAAAGCCUCAUAACAAAUCAGCAGAGGAGUUGACUGGAGGGUCUUUCAAAAGGAAACAUGUGCGUCGUCGACACGCCAGUGCAGAGGUAACACUACCAACACUGCAGCCGGGAUUCACUCUGAAUGAAUAGCAGCCUCUGAUAGCAUCCUCAUCCCAAGGUCUAAUUCACACCUGGGUACCUCGGACAGAGUUCUGCAGCUCUGUGCAGUCUACUCCACUUUUGCCUCUUAUGUGACUGAGAUGAGCUCAAAGUGUCUCCACUCCCUGCUCCACAGAUCUGUGCUGUGCCCUCUCAUCCUGACGACACUAGAUAAUAUGAUUAUUAGCAGACAUGCACGUCCCCGAUUGUUUUCACCUCUCAUUGUUAUUAUUUUGUUUUUUCUUCCAUUUCCAGAGCGGACUAACUGAGACGGAGCACAGCGAGCCUGCACAGCGCAGGAACGGAAAGAUAGGCUCAGUCCAGAAAGGUACAUCUCUACCGAACUCCACAGUUUUUGAGGGACUUUUAUAUGGAGGCAUCAGUAUUGAGUCUAGUCUCUCUAGUCUAAAAAUGUCCUCACCAGAUCUUCUGUUUGCAAGAAACUCUUUUAAAAGUCUCCUGUUGUUGCAGUGUUUUCAUUUUAUUGUGCAUCAUUCAUCGGAGUUGAAAUAAAAUUUGUUUUAGCUUAAAUGCAAUUUAUCCCAAAUGAACUCUUUUCACUAAACACAGUUUUUCUAAUUAGAUGAUUGAAUCUUGUGUGGCCUCCUCAGUGCUCGGAUCUGCUGAGAACUCUGCUGCUCUGCCUAAAGAGAAGGAGAGGAUCCGCCUGCUGGACUUGUCCGGUAAUGAGCUGGACUCUCUGUCCUGUCUGAUGGAUGACGGCUUCGUGCAGCAGCAGCUGUGUCAUCUCCACCGUCUGGACCUGAGCCACAACAACCUGCUGGAGUUUCCCUCAGCUCUUUGCCAGGUAAUGUAUCAGAUCUGUGCUUGAAUAUCGAACACCUAAAGGACGCUGAACUCUAAGGUUUGCUUUUUAAAUUUUUUUUACAGAGUCUAAAGAGUCUGACUCGACUGGACCUGCAGGGGAACCAGCUGCGGUCGCUGCCAGUAGAGCUGCUGUCUCUCCUCUCGCUGAACACGCUGAACGUCUCUCGUAACUGCGUGGGUCCCGUCCUCACCUUUGACCCUUCUGUCACCUGCCCAUCCCUGCGUCAGCUCAAUCUGUCCUUCAACAAAAUCACAGCGUUCCCUCAUGACCUGGGUCGGGCUGUGGAGAACUUGGAGGAGCUGUUCUUGGAAGGGUAGACUUUUUUUUAUGAUGACAAUUUCCAAGAAUGAAUCCACGAGUAAAACUGACGUACACAUCCUUCUUUUAAGUCAUCAUCUUAUUUUUUUUUUUCUAUUAAAACACCAAAAAUAGAAUAUUUCUCCGGAUUUUUGAUUUUCAGAUACAAAGAAACAUUGGAAAGUUAUAUAAUCCUGUAAAUCAAGUUAAGCAGAUAACCCAGUGAUUUAAGGGGUCAUUUCAUGUCAUGUGUGUGCUGGGUUUGAAAUUCUAGCUUUAACUACCGUAUCAGUGAAACAAUGUCAUUAAACUGUUGGCUGAAGUCAGUCUUCAUCCUUUUCGUAGAAAACGACUUUCAAAACAAACAUCAGCUGUUUUGUUGAAUAGCUGUGACCAAUGAGUUUACUAAAAAGCUGCACAGUCCUCUUAAACUUCUAUUCAUUUAAUUUAAUGAAGACAUGUUUCAUUAAAUGUCUGUCAUGGGAAACAUUCAAAGGAUUUUUUUUAAGCAGCUGUAAUACUUUAUGAAAAAAACUACAGACGUGAUCAUCUGAUUUCAGAUUCAGCUUUUUAAAAGUUGUGUUAGUGAUGAGUAAAGCUGAGGGUAACACUCAUGGUGUAUGAUAAUAUUAAGAAAGGACAAAUAUCAGGUUUGUCAGGUAUUCAGCUGUUUUUUCAGUGAUGCAUCUUGUGAUCUCUCAAGCUCUCACACUGUUAUGGUGCAGAAAGGAUGUAAACCCUUCAUUCAGUUUGUUUGGAUCCUGACGGUUUAUGUCCUCAUGUCUUCUCAGAUGUUUUCAAUAUGAUACUUUACUCAGUGGCUGACCCAUUUUCUCUCAUACAUGGGUCUCUGCAGUCUGACAGCGUCUUCAUCACGGGAGGAUAUUUAGUAUUCGUUACUGUGUGCAAAGAAAUGAAUCAAAAUAAGAGAGAAAUGGACAUUUAUGUGCAAAUUGCACCUCAACAGGUUUGUAAAUAGAACCACUCAACAGUGACGCUGAAGCAUCUGCAAAGUCCUGUUACAAAACAAAAGCAAAUCAUGUGAUUCAAAAGAAGUCAACAAGCAGGAAGAGAAGACAAAGACAAUUUUAUUCCUUUUCACACAGUUGGACUCGUCACUUGAAUGUGCUGAAUAAGUGAAACCAAUUCACGCAAUUUUCCACAUCAAAUAGAGAAAAUAAAUCAAGGUCAUUUUCUGCUUGUCGAUAUAAUUGAAGACAGCGACUAUCUUUCCUCUUGUUUUCAGUAACACAAUAACUGAGCUGUGCACGCCUCUGUGUCUGACCGAGAUCAAGCUGGUGGAUGUGAGCAAGAACAGCGUGGAGAAUAUUUCUACAGACUUUCUGACAGGCUGCCCCAAACUGGAAACUUUCAACGCUUCCAUGAACAAAGUCUGUGAGUACUUUACCCUCUGAGUGACGAUGCAUUUAUAUUAUCGUGUUAUACUCUGUGAAAUAAGUUUGCAGCAUGUGACAGAAAAUAAAAAUGUGACUUACUCACUUAUGUAAAACUUAAUUUCCUUUUUACUGCAUUUGUGACCCUAAAAAUCACAUUAGAAUCAGAGUGUAAAGCUGUGAAAUUGACAUUGAAACAACUCACUCUAAAACGAGACAUGAGGCCUUCAGCUUGUGUUAAAGUUGUCAGAAAUGUCAAAGUGUGGCGUUUAAGCUCCUGUGAGAAGGUUUUUUUGGGAUCAUGAAACGUACAGAAAUUAGUCUUAAUACAUCUUUAUUAGGGCUGUAAUCAAACAAAGAAAUUCUUGGUCGACUAAAACCCUGAAAUUUUCAACCAAUAAUCGACUCUGACUGCAAACCCGGUGUGGGACAUUGACUCGGAAAAAUUGAGUCGACCAAUCAGAAUUUAGGCCGGUACGUGCUGAGUCGAUCAAAAAUCUGAUCCGUCAACUCAAUAAGUUGACCGGUUGACUAGGACUUUACAGCCCUUUGUAAGCCCUAAUCUUUGUGACUUACAAAAGCAAAAAUGAGUGCAUUUUCUAUAUUGUCUCUAUUAUUGUUAUUCUGUAAGACCUAAAACUUGUGCAGAGGGGGGUCGGUAUCAGCCAAGCAGCGUAAGAAACAGCCUCUUUUCUACACUGUUCAUCCUAAAACUAUGACAAUCACAAUGAAUGAAACAUCUCAUGGACAGAUUUCAGCAACUUGUGGUUGUCACUUGUAGAGAGCUGUUUUGUCCACAGGGGGUGCCAGAAUUCACACAACGCAAAAGUUGCUCACAGGAGCUUUAAAGUUCAGCAGUUUGAAUGUAAGACUCGAGUUAUUCAGGGUUGAGUUUUUUCAUUUUCAGGUUCUCUGUCCAGUCUCCCCUCCAAGAUCACAGCGCUGAAACUAGCAAACAACUGCUUCUCUCUGGUUCCUGAGGCCAUACUGAAUCUUCCAAAGUCAGUUUCACGCUCUUGGUUGUCCUCUUUCUCCGCCUGUUGUUUCUUUACUUAGUUACUCAUUGAUUUUUUUUUACUCCAGCUUGCGGUCAGUUGACAUGAGAACCAACCAAAUCGCUGCUCUGCCCGGUCCUGGUUCCUGGGAGUCCGGCAACCUCAGAGAGCUGAUGUUCAGUCAGAACUGUAUCACAGCUCUGGAUCUGGGUGGACCCAUCUACAAGUGGGCCAGACUGGAGAAGCUUCACCUUAGUGACAAUAAGCUCACAGAGGUACAGAGAGGAGACCUUAGCAAAAAUACUUUUCUUAUGCCAUUAUGAAUCCUUGAGUGAUCGUACCGCCUCUGUUCAGAUCCCCCCACAGAUCGGCCUGCUGGAGGGUCUGACCUCCCUGGAUGUGAGUCGUAACGAUAACCUGCGGUCCUUCCCUGAUGAGAUGGGGAAACUCAGCCGACUGUGGGAUCUGCCGCUGGACGGGCUCCGACUCCAACUGGACCUCAAACUCAUCGGCAACAAGACAAAAGACAUAGUCAGGUCAGGAUCAGGUUUGGUGUGAUAUCCACUCUUUGAUUUAUUCUCCUGAUCAUGACGCGUGUUUUUCCCUCCACCGUCUCCUCUCAGGUUCCUGCAGCAGCGUCUAAAGAAGGCGGUGCCGUACAACAGGAUGAAGCUCAUCGUAGUGGGGAACGUAGGCAGUGGGAAAACCACUCUGAUUCAUCAGCUGAUGAAGCUGAAACGCUCGCAGGUGAACCCCAAGGUGACUGCUGUCGGCAUUGACGUUCGGGACUGGACCAUCAGGGAGCGGGACAAGAGGAUGGUGCUGAACGUCUGGGACUUUUCAGGUCUGGGUCUUGUUGACAUGGAUAAAAAGAAAAACUCUGCACACACCACAACGUUUUCAGAAAGUUUUCGUUUACACUUAACCGUGUAUAUAUGCCGUCAAGAGCAUGCCAAACCUGUAGGUGGCGGUGCAGUGAGAAGCUCAAGCCCAUGUUCGCCAUUCAGAAUCCUGCAUAGCAGCAACAACAUCUCUUCCUUCUCUUUGGCGCACAAUCUGCCAUCGGCUACCCAAAUCUCUGUUUUUCUCUGUUUACAUGCAAAUGUGCAAAUGGAGUUUUCCGAAAUCUCCACCCUGGCUGGAGUUUUUAAAAAGCAUCGUUUUCAGGGGCGAAUUCUCUGUUUGCGUCUAAACGAUGGUUAGUGCCUGUAAAAAUAACCAGGUACAUAUAAACAGGGCCUGAUCCUUAAGAACAAGCACAGAGAUGGUUUUAGUGUUCCCCUUAUUGGUUAAAUCAGUCAGUGGGCCAGAUGGGAGUACAACAUUUCACCACUAGAUGUCAGUCUUGACUCAAAUGCAGCUCCAGAUGUGAAUCGUUCUGCCAGAAUGUUUAUAAACCAGAAAAAUGGAAAUAAAUCCUGUGUUAUUGUGUAAAUAGUAAAUGUAAUAAAAGCCAGAUUCAGUUAUGUGACAUUGGAUUAUUUAGGUCCAAAGUGUCGGUGUUAAACUAGGAGCAGUACAAAAAAAAAGAGUUGAUUACAUCAAGUCACUUCAGUUCUCAGGUUUUGUAAAGCUCUGAUCGUCUCAUGCAGAACAAACCGUCCAGACUGUUCAGGGACGAGUCUGCUCACCGUCCCAGGAGUCAGGACCAGACAGGAGAUGUUUUUUAUGCUUCAAAUAUCUGGAACAAACUCCCAGAAAACACCAGGUCCACCGAAACUCUCAGUUCUUUUAAAUCCGUGCCUAAGAUUUGCUCAUUUUCUUUCCUUGCCUUCUCACAGAUUAAAGAGAUAUCUGAUCUGGAUGUAGUUUCACACCCUGUUUGUUUUUUUUAAUCUCACAGGUGAGGAGGAGUUCAGCGGCUCUCACCCUCACUUCCUAACGUCCAGAGCUCUGUACCUGGUGGUUUACAACCUCAGCAAAGGAGCCAGUCAGGUGGACGCCCUCAAACCCUGGCUCUUCAACAUCAAAGUGAGUCACUAUAAACCAUCAGUUCACCUGGUUCCAGGAUCAAGUUUGAAAAAGUUUUAGUGAUAAGAACCUUUUCUUGAUUAAAGUUGAUCGUCUUGGUGUUUAUCUUCAGGCUGUAGCUCCUUUGUCUCCGGUCAUCCUGGUGGGAACCCACACAGACGUGAGCGACGAACUUCAGCUUCAGUCCUGCCUCACCAAGAUCAGAGAGGAGCUGCUGAACCACCAGGGCUUCCCCGCCAUCAGAGACUACCGCAUCGUGUCUGCCUGCGAGGACUCGGACUCUCUGACCAAGCUCCGCAAAGCCAUCGUCAGAGAAGUCGAGAACUUUAAAGUAAAGGACGUUUAAAGCAGACUGAGCUUUUAUUUUCUCUGUCCCCUCCUCUCAUCCAUCCUCACCUUCUCCGCUUUCACAGAUCCAGGGUCAGCCCGUCAUGGGGCAGCUGAUUCCAGACAGCUACGUGGAGCUGGAGCGCCGUAUUCUAGUUGAGAGAGUCAGGGUUCCUCCAGAGUUCCCGGUUCUCAGGCACCAUGAGCUGCUGCAGCUCAUCCAGGAGAGUCAGCUGCAGCUGGACGACGCUGAGCUGCCGCACGCCGUUCACUUCCUCAGUGAAGCUGGUCAGUCGGCUACAAAUUCAAGAUCACUCGGGCUGUUCAAAAACUACACAGAUGACUUUGAGAGAGUCCCGAGUCACAGCUUUGUUGAAUUAGUCUGCGGUUCAUGAUACUCUGAUAUAAAUCCGUGCAGGUCACAUGACAUAUCCCGGAUUGUUUUAACGUUUGUCUCUCCAUGUCUGCAGGCGUUUUACUGCACUUUGACGAUCCUGCACUUCAGCUGGACGACCUCUACUUCAUCAACCCACAGUGGCUGUGCAACAUCAUCUCUCAGGUGCAGCAUCAUCUGCACAUUUAAAAAACAAUCACAAAAGCUUUGCCUGAAAUAAAGUGAGCAGAUAAACUCUGGUGGACGGAAGCUGAAAAACAGAUCGGAUAUUUUAGAUAGGGGUUUCCCGAUACGAUAUUGAUACCGGAUAUCAGUCUGAUGGCAGCAAAAAAACAAAUAUUAGAUUAUAUCAGUCUGCAUCUAAAAUGUCCGAUACAAGCAGCCCAUUCCAGACUCCGCUCCAGCACCUCUAUCUAGCAGCACUUGGAUCCAGCAAGCUGAGCCCACAAAAUGACAACAACAGUGUGUACUUAGGUUCUAACAAAGUAGUCAGUAAUGAAGGCUAUGAUAUUGGUAUCGUAUCGGAAGUCAAUAAUUGUAUCGGGACACCCCAAAUUUUAGGAAUGAUGUUGGCGUGAAAACCACCUUAUUUAUCUCGCACUGACGCAGUUUUUGUCUGAUCUCUGUUUAGAAACUGACUUUGAGGAGCUGUGGCUUCAGGGAACAUCCCAAAGGAGUAGUUCAGCACUCAGUGGUGGAAAAGUUUCUGUCUGAGACCAAAUGUUUCCCCAAAAGCCACCUGACGCACUUCUUCAAACUGCUGGAGAAGUUUCAGAUCGCUCUGCCCUUCGGUGAGGACCAGCUGUUGGUGCCCAGCAGGUAUGUUUGAAAGCUGCAGGUAUGAAGGUGCUCACCAGGACAGAAUAGAUAAACACCAACAUUAAACUUGUCAUCUUUCUUUGACAGUUUGCCACAACACAGGCCAAUGAUCGAUUUGCCUCACUGUGAGAACUCUGAGGUGAUCGUGCGUCUCUAUGAGAUGCCGUACUUCCCCAUGGAUUACUGGUCCCGUCAGAUCACCCGCCUGCUGGAGUUUUCUUCUUAUUUGCUCGGUGGAAGAGGUGAGGAUAAAGGUCCUGCGUUUCAGCAGAUAUGAAGCCAGAGACAAAACUCAGUGAUUUCAAACAUGAACGAUUCGAUCCAUUUGUCUAGAAAAAGUGUUACGUCCAAACCGGAUCUACUGGAGGAGAGGCGUGUACCUGAGCUGGUCCCCUGAGGCCUACUGUCUGGUGGAGGCGGCUUCAGAGGAAGACAGCCCCUCCAGCUUCGUCAGGAUAACUGUGCCCUGUUCACGCAAAGGUGCAGCUGCUUCAGACUUUCUUAUUCAACCGUCAAAUUUUCACCCUCGUUGCAAAAUUUUAGAGGUUUUUUUUUUGUUAGUUUAGUCAUCUUUGAAUCUGAAUGUAAACAUUCGAUUGUGAACUGUCGUCUCUGGUUCCUUCAGGCCGGGUGCUGCUGGGUCAGGUUGUGGAUCACAUCGACUCCCUCCUGGAGGAGUGGUUUCCUGGCCUGCUGAACACGGACAUGCACGGUAACGGCGAGGCUCUGCUGAAGAGGUGGGCUCUGUACAGCUUCGAGGACGGGCGGGAGUGGAGCAAGAUCCUGCUGGAGGACCUCUUUGCGUACUUUGACAAUGGCUAGUGCUUUAAAAACCAUUAAAACAACAUGAUUCUCAAUCUUUCCCUGCUCCUUUUCCAUCCUUUAAAAAUUCCCCUUCAUUUCUGCACAUGAUGACAUUUUCGAACAUCUUUUAGCACGAUGAUGAUGAUGAGGAUUAUGUUCUGUGUUACAGAUUUCCUCCUUCCUAGCCCAGUGGAUCCACGCUGCACUCUUCCCAUCUCACAGAUCGCUCCUGACUUGGUGCUGAGUGACCAGCCUGCCGGGACAAUCCUGGACAGUGAAGAGCUGCAUGUGGACGGGUCUAAAGAGAACCGACUGGGUACCUUUUUCUCUUUGCCUAAAAACUGGGAUUAUGAUCUAGAUUGUUUCCUCUUCUGUUUGACUUAGUUCUAUGACUUUACUCUCUUUUCCAGCUUUCUUGGAAAUAUUUAUCUGAACAUGCUUGUGUCAUUUCAUGUCGUUAUUCACAGGAGAUGGCGGCUUUGGGACUGUCUACCGAGGUCUCUACAAAAAUGAGGAAGUUGCUGUGAAAAUAUUCAACAAGCACGCAUCUGAGCUUUACAUCUCCAGACUCCUCAGACAGGUACUUUUGAAAAACAAAAACCACUCUGAGCGAUCAUUUCCACCGCGUUUCCACAGUUGUGUUCAGCCGCCAUCUCUGACUUUUUUUCUCUGCAGGAGUUGACUGUGUUGGGUCGUCUCCGUCAUCCCAGCCUGGUGGGUCUUCUUGCAGCCGGUUCAGCUCCUCAGGUUCUGGUGAUGGAGCUGGCUCUGAGAGGCUCACUGGACUCCCUGUUUGAACACGAGAACAGCAGCCUCAACCAAAAGCUGCAGCACAGAAUCGCCCUGCAGGUGGCUGACGGACUCAGGUAGAGAGUACUAAAUGAAACCGUUAAACUCCGUAUUACUUAAUAAUUGCAACUGAACCCACAUUUGAAAGUGAGUCUCAGUUUAGACCGACUGUAUGUGAAUUUUACUGUCAAAUAUUUUUGGUCCUUAUUGUUAAAUCUGUGAAAUCAGGUACCUCCACUCGGUCAUGAUCAUCUACCGGGAUCUCAAGCCCCACAACGUGCUUCUUUUCAACCUGAAGACCGACUCUGAGAUAAUCGCCAAGAUCACGGAUUACGGCAUCGCUCAGUACUGCUGCAGCAUGGGAGUGAGGAGCUCAGAGGGCACGCCAGGUUAGACCACACACCUCUGCAAAAUCUCUUAAAAUCGCUAAUAUCAAUGUUUUUCACAGUCUGAUUCAUCAAUAAAGUGUGAAGUGUUUUAAAAGUUGAUGGCUGUGUUUUUAUCUGGCAGGUUUCAGAGCUCCUGAGGUAGCUCGAGGUAAUGUGAUCUAUAACCAGCAGGCGGAUGUGUUCUCAUUUGGCCUGCUGCUCUACGACCUGAUGACCUGCGGUGAACGGAUCUGUGACGGCAUGAAGUUCCCCAGUGAGUUUGACGAGAUCGCAGUGCAAGGAAAACUGCCAGGUAAGGAGUCUAUUAAAAUCCACGUAUCAUAUUUGAUUUUCAAAAUAAAACCAAAAAAAGUAAUUAUUUUCUAAAUACUCGGCUCUUAAAAUAAAAUUAAAAAAAGAUAACGGCUCAUUUUCCGAUUUCCGUUUUCUUAAGCUCAAAUGAAAAGGGGAUAAAUGGAUAACAACAGUUUUAUCUGAUUCGGACUUCUUCAUCUGUAGAAAGUUUCAUGACCCGGAAAAGAACCUUUGGCGUCAUUUUUUUGUCUUUAUCAGGUAAACUUCAUGAAUAGAAUGAAUGUUUUGUCUUUUCCGCGCACACAGAUCCAGUGAAAAUGUACGGUUGCUCACCGUGGCCGGGCUUCCAGGCCCUGAUGAAGGACUGUUUAAAGGAGAGUCCUCAGAGCAGACCAACAUCCGCUCAGGUGAGAGAACUGGUGUUUCAUUUAUACAGAGAGAAGCAAAGAAACGCCGUGUACCGCACAGCUGACGGGUUUGUGUCCUCUGUGAUGGCUGCAGGUGUUUGACAGGCUGAACUCCGGGGAGAUGUUGUGCCUGAUGAGGGAGCUGGUGGUUCCUCAAGCGUUUAAUGCCGAGUGCUUCACAGUGAGCGCUGACAGCAGUGACGGCUCCUCCAGCAGCCACAGAGUCUGGCUGGGUGGAGGCAGCAGCGCCCAGAAACUGGGCUCUGUCACAGCUGUGGACCUGGACACUAACAGAACCACCACACAGGUACCAGCAGGACAAUCAGAACUUUCGCAGGUUUUUGGUUGGACAAGUUUGGUUGGAUUUCACUUUACAUCCUGAUAGAUUUGCUUUCAAUAUUGUGCUGAAUCUUUACGAGGUUGUUGUCCCGCUCCUACAGGAGAUUGACAGCAGUCCAGUCUUGUGUCUUGUGACUGUCCAAAUCCCAAAUGAAGCCAGUGAUUGGCUGGUAGCGGGCACCCAGUCUGGCUCCUUAGUGGUCAUGAGCACCCAGGACAAACCCACUUGGCACCACCUGCAGAGAGUCACAGAUGCUGUCACCUCGCUGUACUUCCAUGUGCACCCACGCCGCAAGUAAGUGUCUGUAAAUCAAAACUUAAAGGAGACCUCUUACUUCAGGGUACAGUCAUUUUCAGCCUGUAAGGUUUCAGGGGGGUCUGUCUUCACCUCCUUAGUGCUGUAUUUGAAAAUCCUCUGUGGAUGGGGUUGUUAGAGGAUCAUGUAAAUCCAAGGUCAUCCUGUGGGGAUUAUGAAUACCUGAGGAAUCUGGCCAGAGAUUUGGAUAAGCCAUCUGUCUUGACUGACGUUAGCAUCUUAUCAUAGUUAAGCUGUCGGUAUCACAAGUUAGUCAUAAUUCAGUCUGGAACAUCGACGUCUGUUAAACAGAAAGCACCCUGUAUCUGCAUUUUCCUUGAAGAGAAUAUAAUCUCUGCAUUUUCCUUCAGAUUAAUCAGAUUAUUGAUGGCUGUGGGUGUCUUCUUGUGAAGUAAAACCAAACAUCUGUGUUUGUUUUUCAUAUUAGUGCGAAACAAUGAUAAUGGACUGGCCCCUAACCUUUUAUUUUUUAAAUUUAAUGCUUAAAGUUUGAAAUGAGAAGUCCAUGUAACUCACUUUUUUAACCAGUUUGAUGUUUAGAUUAUUUAAACUGUCCGAUGAAGCUCAUUGCAUAUUAAAUCCUACAUGUGUGAAGAUGUUGGGUACGCUACUCACUCACACCUCCCCCAUGAAUUUGUUUCUCCUUUACUUAUUUGUAGAGAUGCAUAGAAAGUGAAAGUAAGAUAAACUGACUUUCCAAAAAUAACUGAGUCCAAAUCCUUCCUCUGAGCUUGUGCUUCUUAUCAUGUAACUGAACAUUUGUGCUUCCAUAUUGGAUUUUAAUCAGUGAGGAAACAUACAAUCGACUGAAAAUGACACAUCCUUCAAAAUUAAAGCAUGUUGUACAGCAAAGAGGUACUUAAUGGGAUAUUCCGACGUAAAUAUGAGUUAUGGUCAAACACACCGUAACACUGAGUCAGACACCCCCUAACUCAGGGGGGUUAGGGGUGUAGCUGAAGUUGGUAUAACCAGAGAAGCAAGCGGUCGGCAACAUUCAUCUCUCGAGAGGGUUUCUAACUCUGUGUUAUGGUGUGUUUGGCCAUAACUUAAAUUUACGCUGGAAUAUUCCUUUUAAAUGCAAGAUAGAAAAUAAAUUUCAAAAUAAAAGCUCAGCAAACAAUCGUCUGAGGAAAACUCUUCCUCUAAAAAGUCUCAGACACUGAGCUGGUAAGAUGUAAAUAUACAUUUAUCAUGAUAAUAUUGUUAUCAGAGUGUAUUAUGCCCAUGACAAUCAUGAGGUAAAAAUCUAAUAUCAUGACAGCACCAGUUCAGAUGCUGUUCAAACAGAGCUGUUCCUCAGGUUCUCAUGAAUUUGCGGCUCAGGCUUACAUGGUUUGGAUUCUUGGACCAAUAAAGAAAAAAUGUAAAAGGAUCAGAGAGUGGAAUCAGUUAAUUAGUGUGCCAGAAAACAGGAUUAAUCAGAUUGAUUAUGGAGACAGUUUCAUAGUUUCUAAACAAGAUCAACUUUGUCAAAACUUUUGAUGUUUUCAUUUCUUUCAGCCAAAGGAAGAAUUACUUAUUAGUCGGGACAGCUGAUGGAGUUCUGACUGUUUACGAAGACUCUGUUCUCAAGGUAAAUAUAAAAUAUUGAACAAAAGUUCAAAAUUUGGGCUCUUUAAUUUGAUCUUUUUUUACACUGUAAAAGUACAGUUUGGUAUCCACAGUGUAUUCUUCCCUUCUCUCAGCAGAAGAAUGGACAGCCAGUUAAAACUUUGACCGUGGGAAACGUCAACACGCCCGUCAUGUGUCUGGGCCAGUCGCUUCAUUCAUUAGACAGCAGGUGUGUGUGGGCCGGCUGUGGGACUAAGAUCCUGUCCUUCACCGCCGAUUAUGACGUCUGCAGGACCAUCGACACAAGACCGAACCUCAUGUCUCAGUGAGUCUUAAUCAUGCAGGCAGACAAGGGAAAGUUCACUGCAAAACGACGAAUGGGUACUAUUUUCGUGUAGCUGGAUGAAGGUAUAACAGCACAGUUUUGUGUCUGUGUGUGUGCGUUUGUGUGUGUGCUCCUGCAGGCAGCAGUGGUCUUUGAGUAGCGAGUCAUGUGUGUCUCGAAUGGUUGUGGAUAAAAACAUUUACCUGAGCAAAGCCGGGGCAGCAACCGUGGAGGUUUGGGACAAGAGGAGCGAGAGGAUGGUGGACUGUAUCGACUGUGCUCAGAUCAUCAGGUAAUAAAACGCACACAGAGACAUGAUGGUGUACAAAUGAAGAAGUCAGUGUCGAUCUGUGUGAAUCUAAUGAUCAUCUGUUUGUUAAUUUAAGGAUUAUCCACAGUUAAGACAACAAUUUUCAUUGCACAACAUGAUUUAUGAAGCUAUAUUUAAUUUGUUUUGCAUUCAAACAUGAAUCUGGUUUAUAGCAGAUUUAUUUUGGUAACGCUGAGAACUUAAUGCUCCAGUGUGGAGUUUUUUAUGUUCGUGAAAUAGGCUAAAACUCGCACUGGAGCUUUUUCAUGAUAACCAAAGCAGACAAGACCACCAGCGACAAGUUUCAUUCAAUUCAGCCGACUCCUCUCCCUGCAGACACCACUCCGGCUGCAAGAGCAAGCAAGGCAGCGAGGCGGAGCUGCCCACCGAGGCGUCUCCCUCCUGGGCCAGAGUGAAAGCCCUGCUGGUGCAGAGCGCUGCAACUUUCUGGAUCGGCACUAGAGGGGGCCACCUGCUGCUGCUGGAGCUCUCCAAACACCAGACGCUGCAGGUCCUCGGCCCCAGCUGCAGCUCCAUCCGCUGCAUCACCUCUGCACUCAUAGGUGGGUACAAAAAUUUAAAUAAUCCCAGUUUGUUUUUUACUGUCAUAAAUAAACCGAUAGUGAACAGUUUUGGUAGUGAUUCCAGAUGUUUCCCUCAUGAUCAGAAACACUAAACUGGAAGAAUGUGGUCCUGGUUCUCGGCAGAAGACUCUCACAAGACAAGAACCAGUUUGGUAAGUUUGAUGGUUUAUUAUUUGUCCCACAUCUGGCUCUGUUUCGUUGGUCUCACAUGCGGCUUUGUCUGUGGUCCCAGACGAGGAGCCGGAGUCGGUGCUGAUGGUGUGGAACAGCACGCUGCCGAUGGAGGUCAGGGACCUGAGAAAACACUGCGAGAAGAGAGAGCAGAUCGCUGCCAAGAUGAGGGAGCAGCUGCACCACGUCUGAGCCCACACAUCUGACUGUACGUAAGAGUAAGAAUGGGGAAUACUUUUUUACACGUAUGAACAGCCUGUACGUUUUUUAAUGUGAUGCAUUUAACCAUCAAAAGGCAGCUGGAUUUGUUUUUUUUUUUGUCACCUCUUAAGGACAAGAGGAGCAAAGACUGUUUCAUCCACAGGGGGGCACCAAACCAAAAGUUCCUCACAGGAGCUUAAACAUUUCCCUCCCUGCUUUAUUUGAUAUUUACAUAUGCAGCGUCAGUGUCUAUCUUGUUUGAUAUUGAUGGUAAACACCCCAAACCAAGAAGCUGUGUGGACUGCAUAAUGUGUACACCUGCGUAUAUGUUUAUACUACAUCAUCCUGCAAACUGUGUGGCUGCAUAAUAACCAUGACAACCACAGUUUCUGUAAGUAGAAGCAUAUUUGACUUCUUUUAUCAUUUGCACUUCUGCACAUAAUCUGAAGAUAGGAUAGAAGUCACGCUGUCUGCACUUUGCUGCUUUCUUUUGUUGUCCUGGUUUAUUCACUUUUAACCCCUUAAUCACCCCAAAUACUUCUGUUUUAAUACACUGCAUAUACUUGUAUUUUUUCUCUGCAUUUUUGCUUUUAUUGUGAAGUGCAAGAAAGACAAAAACUGUAGGGAAUAGAGAGCAGAGGAAGACGUGCAGGAAAUGGUCAGUGGUCAAGGCUGCGACCCUGUGCUUCUGUAUUAGUGGGACAUACUUUCAUCAGUGACUGCCCACCAUUUUAUUAUACAUCCAGUUCUUUUUUGUCAUUUUUAUUUUAUAAUUUUGUCAUUUGGAGCACAAAUACUUUUCUAUAAUAUCUUGUUUUGAUGCUGUUUUUGUAACUUUUUAAUCAAACUUUUUUUUGGCAGACUGUUUGUGGAAAAGGGAUCAACUCUCCAGCAGAUGGAUGCAUCAGCAGCUCACACUGAAGGGGACGUUUUUACCUCAUUUUCUGACAGCCAUAUGAACUUUCCUCUCUGCACCGACAACUCAACACAUCAAUCGAGAUCCUCAUCUCCUCUUUUUGUUUCAGAGGUGGACCUUUUUAAAGCAGUGUGCUGUGAUACACAUGAUGAGGACAAUCUUUGUGAUUUAUGAAGAGAGACGUUCCUCCAAAAGGGACACAGAGGUCCUGAUUCAUGCUAUCAGGCCUGAGAGCGGUGCAGAUGUUCAGAGACCUCUGACUCCUGGUGAACGGUUGUUUACCCGCCGUUUUAGAGAAAAAACAAACAGGAGAAACUGGAAUGAAAGCCAAAGGAUAAAAAAAAGCUGUUUAAAUUGUAUAUUUUAUUAUUUAUUCUUCUUAUUUGUGUUUACUUGAGUGCAAAUUCACUCCACAGCCAAAUUUAGCACUUCUCAGAUGCUGCCUGCUCUGUACACAGUUUUUGUGACUGGUAUUUAUCAUGGUGAGUGAAUAUUAUUUCACAUUCUGCAAUGUACGUUUAUUUUGUUUUUAGAGAACCAUUUUCAAAAAGAAAAUGUGACCCGGGUGAAAUGAAGUGUCAUUUUUUUUUUAAGUAAAAUGAUUGAAAUGAGAGUUUUAGUGAUUUCAUUCACAUUUGGAUACUUCUACUUACCAGUGUGGACUUACGUUUUGAUGUUUGCACAUCGUUUUGGCGUUCUCUGUCUUUUUGAAGGUAUUUGUUUAAGUUAAAAACCUGCAAUUUGGCCAAAAUAAGGAAAAAAACACACCAACCAAACAUGAUUUUCAGGUUCUGGACCAUGUUUGAUCUUUAAUCUUGACGGGAAAAAAAAGACAUUGCAUCUGAAGCCAUUUUAUGGAAAAAAAAUAUUUACAGGGAGGACUCAGUCCUCACAAACAUUGACAGAGCACAUUAGUAAAAAAACAAAGACACGAGAGUUAAGGGUUUGCAGUACCUCUGAACCUUAAAAACAUGAUGUUCUGAUAUCCAAACUAUCAAGAUAAAUAUAUUUAUAAUAUUUAUAUUAUAUUUACAGAAUACCUUAAAUAUACAACGUCUGUCAUGUAUUCUAUAAACAAAUAUAAACUACUUAGGCACACUUUUAUCGCAGACAAUCAUGGGACUGGUUUUCAAAGGCCGUCCUCUCUCUGUUUGAACUCAGUUGACCUGAACUCUCUUGCAUCUUUAGGCUAUCCAGAGUGGCUACACUGCUAAUAAUCUUAGUACUUGUUGGCCAGCAGUUAGGUUAGUCAUAAUGUACACAAGAUACAGUUUUUACACAGCAGGACUCAAGACUGGCAUGAUUGACACCAUCCACAGACACAGUAACAGCACCAACUCCCGCCUCUGGACCCCCUUAAAGUCCCACUCCGAUUUUUUUUUUUUUUCACGACUCAAAGUGUUCUCAGUGGUCAAAUUGUGAUUUUUACGUUUUUAGCCAAAGUCGCGUUACCUGUGUCAUUUUUAAGGGCUCUUCUUCUGCAGAGCUCCAGUAGAUCAUUAGCAAUUUGCUUCUGAGUCGUGGGGGGAGACAGCGCUGCUCUGCACACUCUUAUUCACACUAGCUUGUAGCCUAACAUUGCUGGUGAAGUAGAAGUGGCAGGUAACACAGAAGCUAUUCAGCUCUCAGACACUAAUGUCUUUGGGGACAUGAUGAAAACUAACAUCAUCAUUAGCUUUCUAAUGAGCAUUGCAAUCGGCUAACGCACACAGGUGUUCUGCGAUCAUCCUCUCUACUUCUCCAAGUCUGGCCUGCAUAGCAGGGCUUUGGGGGCGGAGCUUGGAAUUGUGACAUAGGAAAUCUCACUGUAUCUGAACCUGCAGUUUGGGUCUGUGAGAGAUUCACAGUGAUUCCAACACAGAAACACUCAGAAUUACAAUUUCACACCUAUUUUUCUCAUGGUUUGUCAUGUAGCAUCAAAAAAAUGCCAUAUGAACAUGUAAAAAACAAGAAAAACAUAAUUCUCAUCGGAGUGGGUCUUUAACCCUCUCUGGUUUGCUCCCCUCUCUGCAGAUUUUUGUUCAAGUCGGCUCGGUGGUGCCCCCACCUUAUUGCUUACACUUCUUCUCCAAUCUGCAAAGAGGAGGGAGCAAAAGACGGAGGGAGAAGGAGGUAGAGGAGAGUUUGGGACACAGUCGGGCAAACGAGCAAGGGGUAAGACAAGGAUGACGAUAAUUCCCACACUUUAUUCUUUUUUUUACUGUAGACUGUCAGCUAAGGUUCAGAGAUGACAAAUAAGAGAGCAGCUACAAUAUCUACAAGGAAUAUACAGUACAAGUGAAAUAUACAUUGAUGUAACAGCCAACUAAACGCACGCAGAGGGGUGGAGGGGAGGGAAGGCCAGCCGGUAUGGCCGGGCAGGGCUUACUUUUCAGUCAGUCUAUAAGUCCGACUCGGGCAUAUCCGGCAUGUCGGCCAUCAGGUAACCGAUGCCGUAACGACCGUUAGGAGCGGUGUCAGCAUCAGGACCACCACCGUUGCUCUGCUUGCGGUAGAUGCUGUUCCCUGGCAUGGGUGAGGGCGCCUCGCUGGGGGACUUGCCUUGGAUCAGGCUGGCGUCGUCGUCCUCCCCGGGCCGGGCGCUCUCCUUGAUGAUGCGGCCCUUCUUGUAGGAGACAGUGGAAAGGCCGCUAGUGUUUUCAUCAAUGAUGUUAAAGUAGCGCAAGCCGAAGACCACGGGCACGGGCAUGACGGCCAUCACCACCAGGGAGAUGCAGACCACGAUGCCCCAUGGAGGGAAACCCAUACUCUGCUCUUUGGCCUGGAUGACAAAAAACAGAGGCGGUCAGAUAAGCUUUUUAUUUUCUACUGAUGGUUAUCGUAAAUUUGAAUGUUAGGAAUGCAGGCCCUGAAGUGUCUGCAGUACUGAGAGGGGUUAGUUAACCCUCAAGGUAGUGAGGCAUCUCAUCUUGUGACCAGUUUAUACAGUCUGUGGUGCUCUAAACAAAAGCACGAGUCAUGAAAGGUGAGGAUGUUCCUUUAAAUGACCUCCCUGUUUACUUCCAGACCAGCAUUAUACAGAUUUUCUUUUUCCUGAUUUAAGAACUGUUCUUGAGCUGUAUUAUAAGAAAAAUAAUGACCAAUCACUUUUGGAAAAUCCUUGUUACAGUACAGAUUAGUCCAACUGUAGUUUAACCUAAUUAGUAACCCUGAGGACUUUAGAAGUGUUAGCCUCCCUGUACAGAUUCAGAAGUACGUUUUAGCACAUUUCGUUCUGUUUGGCCUUGGCUCUUCCUAUUGGAGCUUUUAAAUGACCAGCUUCUCGUGAUAUUAUGAAACAGGUGUUCAAAUAGUCUCUACGGUAGACCCCACAUCCUAUUGUUUGCCCAAAGGAUGCAGAUCUAAUCAUUUGUCUGUGAAAAUGUAGCCUUUCCCCCCAUUUUUUUUGGACAUUUCAACAUCACUUUGAACCCUUUGAAGUUGCUUUGUACUUCUUCCAGAUUUUGUAACAAAUAGGAGAAUUUCCACCCACAUUGAACUCUGGUCCCCAAAGAGACGAGCCGUAGACGUUUACUCACCUCUUCCUGUAUCCAGGCACUGUAACUCGGGGGAGUCAUGAUCAGCUGGACGAAGCUGGAGCCCAGGAGAAGCAGCAGCAGGAUGGGCGUGAUGUACUUCCACAUGUAAUAGUAGAAAAGGUACGGGGUAAAGCCCAGCAUGUCCUUCAGGUCUUCAAAGAAUCUGAGGGGAGUGGUGGUAAGGUGAGGGAGGGGGGUGAACACAGAGCGACACAGCAAGAGGUGAGAUCAGAUGUUUAUGAUGAAGUAUUCACAAUUGUUUCAUAACUCCCCUAUCUAACCUCAGUGGCCUUUGUGUGCUAUUUAUAUGGCUUUUAUUUAAAGUAUCUCAUUCAAACAAAAUACUGAAUCAAUGGGUGCUACAAUAGAAGCAUUAUGAUAUAGGGAUCACAGUGUGUAGUAAAUUAAGUAUAUAAAUACGCCUCAAAUGCAGACAGAGCAAGGUCAUGCCAGGUAAACUCAGCUGAGGGAUAUGAGAUAUGUUUAAGUAAGUUUUUUUUGUGCAACAUAUAAUGAAAAAAGACCAAAUAGUGCAUUUCCUAUUGAUCUCAUAACCCAAAGCAAUCGUCAUGUGGGAUAUUUACAAGUUUUAUUUUGUUUUAAUCCUUCGAAUGAUGAGUAAUUCUAAAAAAGUUUGUCUCUAUGCAGAUGAUACUGUUGUGUACUUUACUAUUAGUCCCAUGCAACUGUCACCAUCUAAGAGUUAGACCACCUGUGUUAAAGGUCUAAUACACUUUGUUGAAUUCCACCCCCCAAAAGUUCUCAGAUACGCAGAUGAUACUAAUGUUGCUCUGACAUUGACGCCAAAUGUUGAGUUAUAGUCACUUUUACUCUGUUUUGUCACCUAAAAAAUAACAGAAAUUUACAAAAAUUUCCAUUGAUAUGCAGAUGACAACAUAGUGUUUUUAUCAGUUGCAUAAACCCAGACAAUUGCCAGUACCAAGGUGGAAGUUAAACGAUACCAGUUUAAGAACAAUCUGUUAGAUUUUAUGCUUUAACUCAUGAGAAAUUAUUUGAAAGUUUGUCUAUAUGCAGAUGAUACUGUGAUAAAAAUUGUAUGAAACCAAAUAAUUUCCAUCAUUACAGCAUUAGACUUCACACACCUGGGAUGUGAGACAAAUUUUUACUUUGUUUUGAUGCUGAAAAUAAGCAAUCAAAAAAUCCUAAUCAAUAUGCAGACAAUUCUGUGGUGUAUUUAUCCAUUCAGGAAACUCAAGCAACUGCCGCAAUAGAUGAGUCAGACCAUAAUAGACUUAGACCUAAACAGAGUAAUUCUUUACAAAGAACUGUCAAUAUGCUGAUAAUUCUGUGAUGUACUCACUUAUCAAUCCCGUAGACCCAGGCCACUGCCACAUUCUCCAGUACAACCACUAUGAGCAGAGGCAAAGUAGCUGAGUAGUCAUCAAACAUGGCCACAUAGUAGUUCCCUGAGCGCUGAACAAACAGGAGACCAAUGGAGAAGGCCAACACGCAGCAUCCCACUGCAGAGGAGGAGCAGGUUAGUUACUGUGCACGCUGGUAAAUGUGGUAUAAUAAGAAUGUCAACAAAGCACAGACGGGAUACAUUGCAGUGUUGUUUCUGUUUACAAUUACCUAAUUUAAAUGCAGCAAGGACAGAUGUCUAAGGAUUAUGCUCAGCAAAGCUAAUCUCAAGGUUCACCAUAUGCAAAGCCUGCAGAGCACCUUUUUGCAAUCAAGCAUCCACCUGCUUUUGCAAGAUAUCUUACCAAUACUUCCUUCAAGUAUCUGCCCUGACAGAAUUAGUCUGGACAUUCAUCAUCCAUAUUUGCACUAUCCUUAUCGAGAACAACUUUAGAUAACCAGCUCAGGAACAAAAGUGUUUAUCUUGCUGAAUACAUUUACAUAACAAUCCAAACUGUGGUCAUUCAACCUUUUCUAUUAGGUUUAAGUCAAUAUUUAUGACAGAAGUUUGGUGUUUUCUUUGUAAUAAUCUGAGGUUUCUCAAACCUGUAAGAAACUCCUUGCGGACUUUGAACGUGUCUAUCAGCGGAGUGAGGAUGCCCUCAAUGGUGCCGAACAUGCUACCCAGGCCGAGGUUAACCAGCAUGAGAAAGAACAUGACGGACCAGAAGGGCGAGGCUGGAAAGUGAGUCAUGGCCUCAGUGAAGGCGAUGAAAGCCAGACCUGUGCCUUGGACAGCCUGUUUGAGAGACAAAGAGAAAAAAGGUUCAGAAUUAUCUAACUACAGCAGAUUAACAGCCUUAAAACUGAACAGCGCAGCAAGGAAAACGUGAACACUCAAAUAUUAAAAUAUUACAAGUAUGUUUGCUUCAGACAACUGAAUUGAAGAUCGUUAUUACUAAAAAGCCGAUAAAACACAAGACUCUAGUUCUGGUACCUUAUUGAGCUCCUCCUCAAUGCUGCAGGGAUCCAGUCCCAGCUUAGGAAAGUCGUCCUCCUUCACCAUCUUGAUGACCCUGAACAUUUCAGCAUAGUCCUCAUUGCUGACCUGGCUGGGCUGAGUGAGGUUGAUGUGGUGGGGGAUCAGGCUUCCUUCAAUGCCGUUCCCCAACAACGUCACAAUCUUGUUUGUGUUUCUAAAAAAGCAACCAGGAGUUAUUGAUGGUUAGCAACUGCUGCAAACUGUGUCAGAGGUUCCAGCAACAGUGGAAGACUUGACUUGAGAUUCAUGAUAUUUUGGGAUUGUACAAAACAGAAAGCUGUUGAACACAACCUAUUUAACAUUACUAAAUAUAGGAUCCCAACAUUGCUAACAAUAGCAGAGCUUGCACCCCAAGAAAAACACGAAUAUACCGUAAUGUUUCUAAAAGUCUACUCUCGCUAUCUAACGAAUACUGUACUACAGCAUCCUUUUCCUGUCUAGAGGUAGACAUAAUCAUCUUCUCAUUGUGGGCGUCUGUCACACCUGAACUUCUCGACCUGCUCUGCGAUGUCUACAGGAAACUCUAUUAAUACCGUCAUGUGAGUGGAAGCUUAUACUCACAGAGAGACACACUUGCUGAUCAUGAUGUUGGCUUUGAAACCAAGAACAGCAAACACCACCAGGGUGGCCAGCACAGAGGUGAAGAAGUUGAUGAACGACACCAAGACGGCGUCGAAGUGGCAGUUGUUGUCCCUCUUGUUGUAGCUGGAGAAGGCGAUGACGCCGCCGAAGCCGAGGCCGAGGGCGAAGAAGACCUGUGUGGCAGCUUCUCGCCAAACCUUUGGCUCCAACAUGAUCCCCAACUGGAAGGAUAACACAUCAUGAGUGAUUAUUCCCCAACUGUGUAAAAGACUUGAUUCUUAUUAGUCAAAACCCCAAAACAACGGUGAUGGAGUCUCAACAACAAAAGAAACACCAGGGAGAAACUAAUGAUUCAUGUCAUAUCAAAUCAAUCUACAGUGUGACAGUGUUACAGCUUCAGUUGCCUGUUGACACUGUGGUAAAAACACUGAUCCUCUUUUCAGAUUGGUCUUGAGAGUUGCGAAAGAACAAUCUGUGGAGCUAUGGGGCCCGAUCCCUUAUUCCUUCUUGCGUUCCCACUUAAGUUCCUUUUUUCUUACAGCGAAGACAUUUUUCUGUUGCUGAUAUCUUUUUCACUUCUUAGCUGAUUGUAACGUAUCGUGGAUUUGGACAUAACAAAUCACUGGAACUGCACUUUUUGUUAGAUAGAAGAGCUUUUUAGCUGUUUUUCUACUUUUUUAAGGCUACACCAGCGCUACAUGACGCGACCUGUGACGCAAGUAGGCUGAUCAGAACCCAUUGCCAUGGAAGCAUUAGUGAUCUUUAUACCAACAUUGGCCAGGAAAUAAGAGGAAUGACGUCAAGUGAUUAGGGGUAAUGCAAAUUAGACUGCCAAAGGGGUCUUGCUCACCCUUUCUGGAUCCUAAUUUCAGAUUAGGAUGGAUUAAAAAUUUCUGGAUCAAAUGGAAUCUAAUUAAAUCAUGCUGAAUCGAAUUAAUUCAUAUCCAUCAAGGACUGCAGAUGGGAUUCAACCCCUCCAGUUUCCACCACCACCUGUUUAAUUUUUCCCUCUAAUGCCAAACAGUCCAUGAAAUUGACUAAAAAUCGAAUAUUCCACUGGAGGAAAAAGAAAACCCAGAUUUCAUUGCACCAUCUCGCCAGAUGACAGCUGGCGUCUUGACAGCCUCCUUUUGUUUUACAGCGAUCUCAAACAGAGCAGAGCACAUGCAGCGGGACUUUGAAGUCUUGCAGGUACAGAAGGAGAAGAUGGAGGCACAGCGCGUCUUUUGAAGUCUUAAGAUGUCAACCGUCAAGGCUGAGCAGACGCAUGAUCCAGACAGACGGUCAGACUCUGCUGUGACUGAACGUCUUCUCGGCUGGUUGGUUACAUAAGGCCUCAGUAACUCCGGCAGUUUCCAUGGUGACAUGAUUCCGCAGCCUGAGGUGUCAUUGGCUAAGGAGCCGGCCAAUCACGGAGCAGAUUUAAUUUUUGAGUUCAGAAUCAGUUCACUUUUUUUUUUUUCAACAGUCUGAGGAUUCAGUUUAACUGCAGCUGGAUGGAAAUGCACUGAGUCUGGAUGUGAACUCUACAUGUCUGAGAAAGAGCUUUAAAAAAAAGUAAAAGAGAAAACAAAUGAGGUGCGAAACAUAUUUCCACUCUGGAAUAAUAAAACCCACUCUUGUCACUGGUUUUGUUCGACACCACACAUUAAUACCUCCAAUUUCCUGCAUUAACACUUGUGAGAAACAGCUGCUUGAGUUGAGAGCUGUGUUACCUUGGGUGUAAACAUGUGCCGAAUCCCAUCCAUGGAGCCCUCCAGGAGUAGAGACCGCACCAGGAAGCAAAACAGCACGACAUACGGGAACAGGGAGCUGAAGUACAUCACCUGCAAGAGAGUGAAAUGUCCUGUUUACACGCAGCAAGCACCAGUAAAACAAUCAUGGCGUGUUUUCCUCAAAAGCUGCUCAAAAGGAUGGGUCCCAUAUUUGAAAUGAUAAUUCAAGCCAAAGCAAGGAUGUGGACUUGUGCUGGGCCUUUAGCCGCUUUGCUAGCAGCUAAUGUUUGUGGAUUCCAAGUCAGCAUCAAGUGGACACCCAAGUAGCUGCAGUUUUAGUGCAUUCAGACUGCUACUUGCUUCAACCCAAGAACAAUUAAGUCUUAAUGACAGUCACCUCCCGGAUGUUGCUUAAUAGGGGAAGACAACCAGCAAUAAGGAGCAUCAUCACCACCUACUGCCCUGGAGUAUGAAUAAACUACUCUUCAACUACGUGUGCACUCCACCCUACAAGGAUUAAUCUUUUAAAGUAAAGGUGCAGGAAUAGUUUUUGCCACAUUUUUUAAGAGAUUCAUUUGCAACAUCUUGAAUCAAACUCCUACAAGCUCCUCCUUGUUUUCUAUCACUGCCUGUCCCUCGAUCCAAAGACACCUUAAACCUAACAUUUAUUUGAAGUCCACUAUGCGCUCUUUUCUGAUUUCUUUUAAUGCCCACUUGACAACCUGUGUUAAUGCCUACGUGAUGGCUCAGAGUACCCCAAAAAGGUUGUAUAAUUGGCAUCAGCAGGGUCCCAGGCCUGAUCUGGUAGAGCCACCGAGCCUGUGCGAGACCCUUUGUCCAAUUAUCUUGCUAAUCAGACAGUGGGCCUCUCAUUUUUUUCUCUCCCUCUCUGAGUAGACGAGGUAAUUCUUUAAGGGGCGAGAGGCCUGACUCAGAAGGCUACACCAUGACACAAUGCUUUACAGAGCUGGCGGUGUGGUUUGGGUGCAGGCAUUGAGAGAUGGUUUGGGGUCGAGUCAUAAGCUUGGUUAGUGUGAUUCAUAGACGUUGAGUCUCUUACAUGGUGGUCCAUAUGUUGCCUUAUAGAAGACUCUGUAAUGUAGCUUUGUCCUUUUGUAAUGUACAGGUUGUGAAAGCUGAACAGGUUCCUCAGAGCUCCACAGGGAAAAUCCCCACUGUGGUUUACAAAGACAUAAAUGUUUGAAAUGAACACCCAUGGCAGCAUUUUCAGCAGGGGUGGCCUGGGAUGGAUGGGCUCCACGCAACCUAAUUGGUUCUCCAAGGUACCGCCCCAGAAUCCUUCACGGUGAUCGGCUAUUUGAUAAGUCAGCACACUGACUGUAUAAACCAUGGAUGGAGCCUCAGUGAUGUCACCCACUGGUUUCUGUAAAGGUGUUAUAGAGCCAAGAGGUGGUGGUUGUCAUAGCAUCAAUCAGCUGCAAUCUGCCUGUCUUGUUUCACAAAUUAGCCACACCCCUUGAAAUGCCUAGGUAUGUGAAACUCCCAGCUGUGAUAUCACCAAAACCAGAGUCAUAAAAAAGGAUUAUAUACAAAUAUACAGGUGAAGCCAGGCCCUAGUGGACACUUGGGGAACUGCAGCUUUUUACACUUUGGUUUCUUAUUGCACCAUUCAAGAUUAUUUCUUAUAUAAUCAUAUCAACUUGUGAUGAAACGUACUUUUGUGCCUUUGUUGCUUCAGGCUGCUUGUAAAUUUUCACAUUUCAAAAGAGCAUUCUUUUAUCUGGUCCUUUGAGCCCUGAUGUCGGAGUUUGAUCUUUAUUUAGAGUCCUGAUACAAAGUAACUCAGCAAGGAAGACGUGUAUUUUACUGCUAUUUACCUUUUAAAACGAGCUUAAACUUUUACCAGGGAUAAUAAAAUAUGAAUUUAAAGGUUAAAAUCUGGAUUUUAAAGUCACUUGAAGUGCCAGAAUUGGGGUUAGCCUCACUGUAUCCCGGUUUCGCACCUCUAAAGUCUUUUAGGGUUUUAUAUAUUUUUCAGUUUAUAUCUUAUUUUUUGCUGUAUUCAUGUAUCUUACUUUGACUCGUUUUAAAUGUCCACUGCACAGCCCUGUUGGUGUGCCACCCUAGAGUCCCUGUCCUUGUUUAAAUGGUGGAUUAUUUAUCUUUAUGCCCUACUUGAUACCAUUCUUGUAUUUUUGACGCCAGCUGCAGAUAACUGAUGAUAAACUUGAACUUGAAAAAUUUGUAAAUAAAUCCUCAGAUCUGUGCACGCAGACAUACAUUACUAAUGUAAGUCGGCACCCAAGUUGGCCCCUUUUCCAGCACUGUGCCCUCUUUUAAGGACACCAUCAUGGCCUUGGUCAGCACAAAGCCAGACAGGCGGCUAUCCUUUGUGAUAAGCAUUUAUCUCCUCCUUUGUGAGCUCUGUCUUAUUCUCUAUCAAAGGAGAGAAUAAAAGACUAUGUGUGACGGCAGAUAACAUGUGCUGCCUGCAAAGGUCGCGCUCUGAGAGAUGCUCUGUUAUCUUUGAGCCUUGAUAGAAGAAGUCAGUUUCUCGUGAUGACAGUCAGACGUGUUAUUGUUGACGAUAUAUCUCAAAGUUACAGUUAUUAUUUGACUUGAUACUAACAGCAGAGUAUGAACUUGAUAAUUUCAAUCCCAUCCUCCACCUCUUCUUUUCUGACACACUCCUGAAUGAUCAGACCGGGUCAAACGAGGACAUAUAACCAGAUUUUCAACCUAGCAGUGAACAUAAUGUCUAAUUUGACAUAAUUUGAUGCUUUAAUUGGCACUUGGCAACUUUGCACUUGAAUUUCAUCAUUUUGAUCGCCCCUCUCCCUCCUCCUCUUCUUGACACACUCUUGACAAUAAAGCCAAGCCAAAAGAGCGGGUAUAACCAUGGUAACCAAAAUGGUCUGAUCCCUUUCACGCCCACCCACGCACACACAAAACCGGGAGAGAAAUGCAGAUCGCUGUAGGGAUAUUCUUCAGGGGGGAAAAAAGCCUUUUGUGAACAUGGAUGGAGAGGGCAUUAAUAUUCUUUUGUGCCGCACAGUGCCGACUAAACUUCAAAGACGCUUCGGGCUGGCCCCUUCCUCGAGAAGUUCGUGCCCAUUUCUACUGUGGCCAACUCAAAAGGCCAACCAGACUCUCCAGGUAGUCAGAGGCAGACCAUCUGGCAGAAACUGUACCGUUAACCAGCAGCUUGGGUGGCUCCUUUUUUCUUUAACGAUUUCUUUGUUUUAGCGAGUACAGUAUAUCUAUGGUUGGAUUUGAACCUCCUCUCUGCUAACCCUCGAAUUGUGGUAGUGGUUGUGACAGUGAUUGUGGUUAUCAGUGACAUUUCUUGCCAGGCAGCAGCUUGCGGCUGGCAGGGGAAAUGAGACUGUCUAGCGCUGCAAAGCUUUUGUGGCACAGGCCAAGAUUAAAGCACCUCUGUUGUUCAAGGCGUCCAUCUUGUUUUGUCUGCAGCUGUUGCAUGAAAGACCGAGUCUGGACGGAGUCGAGCGAACAGCAGACAGCUGCUGGGAUAAGACUCGAGCAAAGGAGUGCAUCUGGAGAGGCGGGAAAACAGUUUUGGCUGGUGACCACCCUGUUCCUGCUUCAACAAGUGAUGCAAUCUCUUUGUUUCAAGUAAAGCUGACGCAGAAGUGAAGUAGACCUGCAUUCUUUCAAAUGACCAGUAGGUGACUACAGUGGCUGAAAAAAAGCAAUUAUACUUCUGAAGUUCACUCUAAAUAUUGUAAGUUUUAAGAGUUUCCAUUACAGAUUAAGGCUUGGGUUUUUGACCCGUAUGAAAUAGACUGAAACUCAUAUCGACAAACAAGACCAUCAGCAGCAACAGUGAAGAUUUCUAGACAGUAGUUUUAAAACCUAAUACUAGUGUGAGGGGGUAGGUGUCAGCCGUACAGCAGAGGAAUAGUGAUUAGUGUCGUUUUAGAGACCCAACCCAACAUAGCAGGUUUGGUCUUUCCAAAAGAUUAGUCUUUAAAAGGGGGGUCGUUUUAAAGUCGCAGUCGUCUUAUACUCGUGUCAUUAUAAAAACUUACAUUUAUAUUUAUUUAUAUUUAUAUUUAAGCUUUUUGUCUUUGCUAAAUUCAGUAGAAAUGGAGGAGAAUCUUCUACAAUACUGUAGUAUUGAGAGAGUACUUUUAUUUAGAGUAGUAGAUACCAUGAUAAAGAAGUGACAAAUCUACAUGGUGACAACCGGCUGCAGGCUUCAGGAGGGGAAAAAUAAAAAUAAAUGGUUUAUGAAAAGUUUCAGUUUAUUCUAAAAGGUUUUGGCUCAAUUACCAAGACUUGUUUCAUUUGGUUAGCUAAAAAAAAGUCUUCUAGAAGUUACUCAGUAGCAGAAAAAUAAAAUUCAUCCAUACUGUAUUAAUCUUGACCCCAAAGCGGCUGGGUUAAUACCAAAAUCAAAUGACUCCCCCAUCAAAGCUUGCUUUCUAGGAAGAUUAAAAAGUUGAAACCAUUUUUUCCAAUUAGCGCAGGCUUGACUGUGACCUUAGAAGCACACUGAGGCUAAUGCCUGUCAUAUGAUAUGGGAAAGUGUGAAAUGAUAGAGAUCACCUGUAAAAAGAGAGGAGUGGGGUGAGUACGCAGGCAAACGGCAACCUUUUGGCAAAUGGGCUAAUCUCUUCCGGAUGCUAGUCACGCUACUGUCAGCUUUACAGCUCUUAAAAAGACUAAAUCCCACUCAAGAUCACAUGAGGUCUCAGGCUUGUAUCUGAAGCUAUAUCAUUAGAAAAAAUUGUCAAGUCAUAUUACAGUGGUCACUUCACUGUGCCUUUAAACCAGGUACCACUCCAGCUGCACUCCAUAAGCCCCUGCAUUAAAAGUGAGCUAAUUAGGUGUGAGAGGAUUUCCAUCUUGGCCAGAAAUGGCCCCUUGUUCCUGUCACGGUUUCCUAUUUUUCAGGGUAUAGAAGUUGUGUUUGUGUAGUUAAAUAGGCCAAGCUGCUAACAUUUCCUCUCUGAAACAUAUUAUCCCCCACAGACGUUUGAUAAGAUAUUGAUAUGAUAGCAGACUGUUGUCCUGACUCAAAGGACACAGUUAUCGUAUCACUCGCACCAAAUACUGAUUUUUCAAAGCUGAAGGUCCUAAGGAAAAAAAACAUUUUCGUUGCCUGUUUAUUCUGAAUAUAUCUAAAUCUUUCUGCGGGCUAGCAUGUGGAAGCAGAAAAGCAUCUGCGUCAUGCCUCCUGUGACGGUGUAAUGACAGGAGUGUCAUACAAAACCACUCCCACUCUCACUCCUCAAGCAUUCCUGCCUUCUUCUAUGCUAUUGCAGUUUUCUUCGGUGUUGCAGAUCAAGAUGUCAAAGGGUUGAAUAAGACGACAUGGAAGACAUGCCAUCUGUAAGCCACAUUAUUAUUGUGAAAUGUUUAUAUUGUUCUUCUGGAGAGCUCGCCAAGAUUGGUUUGGUGUUUUUCCGUCUCUGCAUCUGUCUGCACCAGGUUUCCCCUUACCCCUCAGACAACAUUAAAGCAGCGGGCAAAAGCAGCUUGCGCAAAAAUAAAUUCUAACAGGAAAUCAUGUCAUCCUUACCUUCCCGGAUGACUGGAUUCCCUUGAUCAUGGCCAAGCAAACCAUAGACCAGGCAGCCAGCAGGCACACCGUCAUCUUCCAGUUGAGUCCCCCACCCUCACUGAUGCUGUCAGAGAUGUUGAGUGCCUCACGAUACCAGUAGUAAGUGGUGGCCGAGCUCUUCUCACAUUCUGGCUCCACAUCUUGAAACAAAAUUGCAGAAUUUACAUUUUAGUCUUGUUUCGCACCUCUGUGGUUAUUUUUGCUGAUGAACUUUUACACGCUCAGAAUCUUACAUGUACUGGUCUUGUUCUUGACGAGAGGACACUCAUGCCAUGGCAGAGGCUGCUGGAAGGACUGGGAGAAAUAAAACAGGCUCCAGCUGAUGAUGACAUUGUAGUAGAGAGCCACAAAGAAGCACACCUAUGGACAAGAGAGGCAAAUUAACUUCAGACACACAAAGAAACAAGAUAGACAGAUCACAGCAAAGCACCAACAUCGUAUCAGUGUAACUAACAAUGGUGGAUGAGUCACUUUGUUUUCGUAUUUUCUCAAAUUUUAGAAAUCGAUUGUAUUUUUUUGUCUGGCAGUUAUAUAAAACAUAAUGGUGUUAAUCAAACAAGGUCAACACGCCUUCUUAUGUGGAGUUCUUUUAAAGGAAUCAGCUGUAUGAUCGUUUUGAAAUGCGAAAUCAAAAUAAACACAAUAGAAAAUCUGCUCUCAUGAUGGCCUUUUCAAAAACUUUAAAAAGUAUUAGCCAUGAAUGAACCCAAGAAAGAGAAAUGACUGAGAUGCAGAGGUGUCAAGUCAUUUGGUUGUAUAAACACACAUUUUGUCCUACAGUGCAAACAGAGGACUCUCACUUUGCUUUUACUAAGUGGGGACCUAUGUUUUGAGGUUGUUUUGUACCUUCAAAAAUAAGGUAAAACAUUUACUUUCUCUGUGUUUUACAAACUUUUUACAAUAAUUAGUUAUAGGGGACCUUUAACACUGUGUUAACCUUUACUUUCCGUCUAUCAGCAAUGUUAUUUUACUGUCCUUGAUAUCACUAUGUUGUUGUGAAAUCCCCUUACUUGUCCCUCUCUGUAGGUCAUACGAGGGUUAUAUAAACCCCAAAUGUCAAACUCACCACACAACUGGCGAAGCCGAUGCCCCCCAGCCGAGGGCUGAUGUAGUUCCACACCCCGAUGCUGCCCCUGCGGAUACGCUGUCCCACUGCAAGCUCCAAGAAGAACAGCGGGAUGCCGAUCAGUAUCAGCAGGAUGAGAUAGGGCACCAGGUACGCUCCUACCAGUCAAAACAACACAGACAAUAGAGCCAAAUUACAGACAUGUAUAGAAGAGGCGUCAUAACAUCAGAUAAUUAUAGAGCCGCACAGUUUCAGUUUCUAGAUAAAAAACAUUUCCUUGUUUUUAAUCUCUUUAUGAGCCACAUGCUCUCACACACAAACACAACUAACCCUCGUAAACUUUAACCCUUUUACGACGGCUCUGUCGUCGGCGACAGAAAAUGACAUGCUGCACUUUUAGUACCGUAAUUCUUGAACCAUUUGCGCUAUCAACAUAAUUCCAAC